GUAGUUUACGUAGCAGAGGCCCAGCAGACAGGAAGUAUUCCGACCGUGGACGAAUAUCCACCGAAUGUAGACAGCAUUAGUGAAUGGCAGAGAGGAUAUCCAACGAAUGAUCACAGGUAUAUUCUAGAGAAACAAUCCCCUCUGAAACAGACAACAGGUGAGAAUUUUUUACCGGAAAACAGGACUCCUCUUCUGAGAAUGGCAUUACUCACUUUAAUGCCUCACGAGCUUCCUAAGCUAGCUUCCAAAGCUAACUGAGGCGGCUCCAGUCAUAGGAUAGCAGCACUAUGCUGCAUAUUUUGUGUGGAGGUAUUUCUCUGUUGCUGUCUCUAAAUCUUAAAGUCGAUAUUAAACACGCGAACUGAGAAAUACUCCCAAUUAUCCGGUAAUUUUACCUUCUUAGUAACUGCUACCGGACAGGCGCGAUGUGACAGGUGUUCUAACAAGAAGUGUCACCCGUCGAGAUGUGCCACUAACGCAUGUGCGCCUGUGCAGAGCAGCGACCCGGGAGUUUGGCUCCACGAUGUUUUUGUCGGACCAUUAGACUUCCAAAUAUGUAACUUUUUAGGUACACAGUCUCAUUUCUGUAAUCUAACUGAAACCGUGCUGUUACCUGUAAAUUGAAGAAGCUCUGACACCACAGCAAAUAUAUAUAUACAUUUAUACUAUUAAUUAUUUCAACUGCAAGUGUGAUCAAAACUUGAAUAGUUUAGACAUAUGAUAUUGUUUUUUUAAAGAGGCUGUAUCCUGUCCAGAUGGACUAGUCCAGAUUUGAGAAGUCUAGGUUUGGUGGUGUUGGUAAACAGGAUGUAGUUCCAUGUGGUCCAGAUGGAAAUUGAGGUGAUGAAAUUCCCCUUACUUGUAAUUUCAUGGACAGAGUCAACGUGUCAUGGAUCUGAAUCAGGGUUUUAAAAAGUCUGCAGACCCUUUCAGAUAAUCUUGUCCAGAUCAGACCACCUUAGUUCCAGUGGCUCUGGAUCAGGACCUUGUUUUAGUAACCCUUCUUGACAGUGGAAGCUGACUGCAGCGCCAGGUUGGAGAGCAAUAACGAAGCAUUUUUCCGAGAGGGUAGCGCAAACCGUCAGAACACCGGCUAGCUCCGCUAGCAGGCAAAACAACGCUGUGGACCGUUGCCCGAGGGUUUCCACUGCAGCUGUAUGAGUCUUUUCCCAGCCUGCAUCACCACGUUAACAGUUAAAAGCCGCACAAACAAAAUUAGCCUGUUUAUGUGGACCAUAACUUUCUUUUGCCGUGGUGUCUUCUAAGCUAACGGGACGGAAAGAAGCUAACGUGCCGUUCAUUAGCAUCCAGCAGUCAAGCUAACGUCACGGUUCACAGUCUGAGCUCGAUAAAGAGGCCGACGACUCGGACGGGGUCUGAUCCUGCUGAUGGAAACUCUGAGUAGACAGUUAGAACAGAACAUCACACUACACCAACGUGGUCAGCGUUUUUGAUAUUCUUCAUGCUUGACAGUCAUUAUGCUGCUAACUUGCUCAGUAGCUAAUGUCAGCAUGGUCUGUCUCGGUGAUUAAAGCUAGGCAGCUCAGAGUGGUGUCUAUACGACAGAUACAACUGACCACGGAGCAGCACAGACAGUUGUAUUCCCCCCCCCCCCCGAGGUCAGCGUGAAUGGCUGUAACUGCUGAACAUGAACAUGGACGCUGCGGGUCUGAACAUUGUGUUCUGCGCACAUGUCAAGCUUCACAGAGCCAAGCUGCUGCCAGGAACACGCACUCCCCUCUGACAGCAGCAGGGCUGUGGGACCGCAGCAGGUGUGUCAGUGUGAGGCCACACUCGCAUAAUCAGGGUCACUGAAGAGGUUUUACCCCAACAACUCCUUAGCUCUUUCUGUCUUAGACAGCAGCCAACACACUGUCUUCAUGAAGCACUAGGACUGCUGUGGAAGUGUGAGCAGGAUUUACUGAACCAAGCUGUACUGAACGGUACCAAACCAGACCUCGAUGUGGAAACGCACCUGCAGGCGGGUUUUCAUUCUGAUAACCGCAUGUUAUUUUCCCCUCAUGUUCCUGCAAUGCUCCGUCCUUUAAAUUGGAUAUGAGCUGCUGCAGCAUUAUUAUUUCUGACUUGUGUAUGCUGUAACUUCAUGACAGCUGCGGUGACACAGUUUUAUGGUCCACUUUGACAGUCUGCUUUGACAAAAAAAACAUGUUGAAAAGCUCUUCAUGAUGAAGUCCAGCUCCUCUCCUUUCACUGUGUCAACAUCAGACAGCCUGCAGAGCCUCACAUCCUCUGUUUGCUCUGUUUACUUUUGUUUUUCAGAGCUGGAGGCCUCAGUCUGACUCCCUGCCAGUCCAUAAACUCAGAGGUGGGAGCUUUGAGUCUGCACUAUUACAUGACUGACUGAUGAGACGUCUGUAUUAUAGACAGGCUAAGUGAAGUCUCUUCAUUAUACUGAAUACAUUAGGCUCAUUUAUCACUGCGUUCUGCUGGGAAUCAGACCUCUGUACUGUGGCUUAAGCUCUAAGGACAUGAUAAUUACAAGAAGAAGAAAGCCUUCAGUGUCCUCACUGACAUUAGUGUGCAAAGACAUUAAGAAAUGUUUCAUAUUCAGACAUCUGCAGUGGCAUGUCAGAGCAUGCACAUCUAUAAAACAACAAUGUGUUUUACAAUAAAAGAACGUAAUUUAGUCUGAAACUGUAAAAUGCACAAGUAGCUAAUGAGUAACUUGGAUGUUCUGUCCUUCUGGUUCCUCAGGUAUUUCUGCUCAAAUGAGGGGGAGCUGCAGGCAUUGAUGAAGAAAAAACUUUAUCAUGAAGCCCAGAUUAAGUCUGAACUGUCUGUCCAGAGAGUCUCACUUAUUACCUGUGAGUAUAUGAAAGCUAAAGACUUUGAUCCUUUUUACAUUUCUCCAACAGGGAUUCAGUUUCAGCACAUUUCACCUCAGUCAUAAUGGGGACUUUGUUUAAAUCAUCUUUUGGCUGUUUAAAUGUCUCUGCAAAUUUACCUGGAGUCUGUUUCAUUCAAAGAUAACUCCAGGCUUUACACUGUAAAAGUUUUACAUCAUGGAUCAUGUCAGCUCUUCAGUCUGUAAUCACCUGAUCCUGUGUGUGUGUGUGUGUGUGUGUGUGUGUGUGUGUGUGUGUGUACGUGUGUACAAGUAUGAGUCUUGACACCUUUCCUGGAGACCUCUGGUAUAUUUGGGGUUCGGGUCAGGUUCUGGUACUUUAGUCAAGGUACUCAGACAGCCCCAGACAGUAAAAUCUGCCUCACCACUUGAAUCUCUCCUGCUAGUAAACUGUUGAAGAGGAGGAUGAUGUUAUGAGAUAUAGUGGAUGACUGGAGGAGCCCAGUCCUCUCACCUCCACCACUUUGAAGAAUGGCAGGCCUACAGCUCGUCACUCCUGCCACUUCACCCAUGGGGCCUUUCUUUGGUCUACCGUGGCAGCAGGAGGCAAUCCUCGAUAACAUCUAUACGCCUAGGAAAUAUCAGGUAAGCAGGUGUUGAGUAGCUGCUGUGCUACACCUCAGGUUUAGUGUAUUCAUAGAUCUGUUGUUUGAACCUGUGUAAUCUCCUUGGUUCUCUUGCUGUGUCCUCCUCACAGGUAGAACUUCUUGAAGCAGCUCUUGAACAUAAUACUAUCGUCUGCUUGAACAGUGGCUCAGGGAAGACCUUUAUUGCAGUACUUCUUACAAAAGAGCUCUCCCACCAAAUUCGGGGAAGUUACCAAGAAAAUGCGAAGAGGACUGUUUUUCUGGUGAACUCAGGUACCUGCAGAAAUCCUAGAAAUCAAACAGCAACACAUUUCAGCACCUCUCAUUCUGAAGGUCCACUCGUCUCCUUUCUGCAUCUUCAGCUACAUGAACUGAUUUCACUUGAUUUUCUCUGUUUUUGUGGGGCCCAGCUCCGUCUGUAGUCCAGCAGGCAGCUGCAGUCCGGACUCAUUCAGACCUCCAGGUGGGAGAGUACACAGAUCUGGAGGAGACCUCAGCAUGGACUGACCAACAGUGGAGCCAGGAGAUAAUCGAGAAUCAGGUGAGAUCCUUCUCAUCAGUCUGAUUGAACUCUUUUCUCACCAUUAACGGAAUAUUCUGUGUUUUCACUAUAAUGUGAUGGGUGGUGCUGUGAUGUACUUGAGGAGCUGUAAAAUACUCCUGACUUCAUUACCAAGUGAAGGGGGCUGGGGGGUGGGACGAACGACUCUGCUCUCAUGAUUCACUGAGCUGUCAUCAUUCUCUGCCUGAUCAGGAUGAGACACAGCGUGAAACUGUGCCGAUAUAAUACGCUUAAAAUUCCCUAAACAAGGAAAAUAAACACAAGAGGACCUGUUCACAGACAGAAACUGGAGGAAAAGCAACAAAUUACAAUAUCAUAAGGUCCAGCCUGUAGCCUGUUUAUUCUCAUGAAAGCUCAGCUACAUAUGUGUCUAAGGUCCACACAGAUCUCCUGCUUUGAAGCUGAUUUUGCAAAAAAAGAUGGUCCCGGCAGUCUGAUGUAGACUAUGAAUUCACAGAAACAAGUUUUUAAAUCAUGUAGUCAUAUAUCAUUUCAGAUGGGUACAAAAAUGUCUGUUUUCUGCUUUGAAAUGAAAAAAAAAAACUUAUUUAGUGGAAAAAUUUGAUUUUCUCCAGUUUUUUUUCACCUAUUGAUAAAAAAGAAAAGUGGAACAUGUUUGAAUAAAACAGGUGUCUGUUUUAAAUCAGGAGAGAAAAACUUACUAAGAUUUAAUACAGCGAAAAUUGCAAACAUACGGUUAACGUCAACAGCCAGUCAACAGUUUUAUCACUAAAAUAAAACCAGAUCCACUGUCGUGUCUAAACACAAAACUGCAGGAAAUGAAUAGAGAGGGAGUUUUGCAAGGAAAACAAAGCAGUGAAACAGAGAAAUGAGAGAUUUACUGCAGACACAUCUACUCACUCGCUCUAAAUGAAGGAACUGGGGUUUGUUAUAUGACCAAUGAUGCCCAAUAAUAAAACAUCAUAACCAAGGAUUCGGCUCAGACAUUGGUAUGGUUCUCAUCAGUCAUCUAUCACAUCAAAGUGUCAGACUCGGUCACAGCUCUGAACUCUGAAGGAAGUGAUUCCACCAGACACCCUGAGGUUUAGCAGUCCUCCUUCAGUAGCUCUGCUCUCAUGAUUUACAGUGAAGCUGAUGGAGCUCUCUCUCUCACAGGUGCUGGUCAUGACUUGCCACAUAUUCCUGCAUGUUCUGAGGAAUCAAAUCUUACAGCUAUCUAAAAUCAACCUGGUGGUUUUCGAUGACUGUCACCUGGCCAUUACGGACCACCCCUACUGUGACAUCAUGAAGGUGGGAUGGUGAAGGUGAAACACACAGCUUAGCAGACGUCUAACUGAACUAUCACUGAUCAGUUUAUUCCUCAUUGCAGCUUUUUGAGGGCUUCUCAGGUAGCUCUCGUAUCCUCGGUCUCACGGCCUCCAUACUUAAUGGGAAGUGUGACCCGUCAGAGCUAGAGCACAAGAUCCAGAAUCUGGAGAGGAUCCUGAAGAGUAAUGCUGAAACUGCCACUGACCUUGUUGUCCUGGACAGGUAAAGGUGACCUAAACCAGGCCUAAGGGAGUGUAACUCUGUCUUCAUCUGGUGUCAGAGUUGAGUAAACUGCAGCUAAAUGUUGACUCCUGGCUAUAGUUUAACCCUCACAUACUGUUCGGGUCAAAUUUGACCUGUUUUGACUUUUAACAGCAGUAAAAAAUACCCUAAACAUCAUUUUUUAAGCCUGAAACUUGAUGACUUUUCCUGAAGUUGCCCAAAAUACAUUAAAUUAAUUUAAAAAUAUUCAUGUGUAUUUUUGUUUAUGUGCUACAAAUUUUUCCCCUCUAAGGCUGUUACAGGUCAAAUUUGACCCGUAUCUAUAUUAAGAUGGAUUUUAGAUCUAGCAGUGUGGGACAAGUGACAAACAGUAACAACAGUGUUCAAUAUAAGGUUUGUUGUUCAAAAAGAUAUAUUCAAAUCAUUAUGAAACUAUCAUUACCUUGACAGAAACACACACACACACGCACGCACACAGACAUACAGUCACACAGACACACCUAGACAGAGGUCAAAAUGACCUAACUAGUCAAGAGAACUUUCUGUGACAGAAAGCUGCUCUUUGAACUCUUUGAAGGGGCAACUUUGACCCGAAACAUACUGUGAGGGUACAGGAUUUGAACAGUAUGUGGGGGUUAAUUUUGAAAUAGUUUAAAAUGGAUUGAAACUAAGAGAGGGUCUCAGGAGUCUGCUCUGCAGUCUAACCUGUUUUGUGUGUCAGGUACGCCUCUCAGCCCAGAGAGGUGGUCCUGGACUGUGGUCCCUACAUGGAUAAGAGUGGCCUCUCCUCACGGCUGCAAAAGGAGCUCGAUGAGGCUCUCCACUUUCUGAAUGACUGUAACAUACCUGUUGCAAGAGAAGACCGUGACCCCACGUUCAUCUCCAAGCAGGUUAGGAAGGUUUUCUUCUUUAUCAGACAGUUCUGUGUCUGUAUUGUAUCCCAUUUUUCAGGUUCAAAUCUUUUGUAUGUGUGCAGAUUUCCACAAUGGCUUAUACACAUUUGGAGCAUCAUGACCUAAAAGUAGGACAAAGACCUUGAACAGUCAUCCUGAUAUCUUAAAUGUAAAUCUUGUGUUCACAAACUGUUUAAAAACUGAGCUGAUGACACAAAGUGGGAAACAUGUCUAACAGCUUGACACCCAAUUUGAUGAGCCGAGAUUUAUCGUUGAAAAAAAUCAGUCUGGACAUUGAUUUGUUGUCUUUGCAUUAUUUUCAAUCAACUCUAGACUUACAGUGAUUAGCAAACCAUCAAAUCCACUCUAAUAAAACUGGUUUUGUACUAGCCCAGAGUAAAUCCUCACCAUGUGAGCAGUCAGCCCUCAGCCCAAAAUAAUUUAUGAGCUGUACUUUUCUCAUUGUGUAAGCUUUGUGCCACUGUCACAGCAGCAGUAUUUUGUAUGAAAUUAGCACAGCUCAACUCACUGCUCUCUGUCCUGUCCAGGUCCUGAGUGACUGCCAGGCCGUGCUGCAGGUGCUGGGACCUUGGUGUGCAGACAAGGCUGCAGGCAUCAUGGUGCGGGAGCUCCAGAAGUACAUCAAACAUGAGCAGGAGGAGUUGAACCGUAAGUUCCUGCUCUUCACUGACACCAUCCUGAGAAAAGUGCAUGCGCUUUGUGAGGAGCACUUCUCCCCCGCAUCGCUGGACCUCAAGUUCGUCACGCCCAAAGUCCUGCGUCUCCUCGAGAUCCUACACGAGUACAAGCCUUUCGAGCGACAGCAGUUCGAAAGUGUGGAGUGGUAUAACAACCGUAAUCAAGACAACUACGUGUCUUGGAGUGACUCAGAGGACGAAGAUGAGGAUGAGGAAGUGGAGGCCAAAGAGAGACCUGAGGCCAACUUCCCCUCACCAUUCACCAACAUCCUGUGUGGGAUCAUCUUUGUAGAGAGGAGAUACACUGCUGUCGUCCUCAACCGGUACGGUCCUUGUUCUUGUGCACCGUUCCCUCAUUCCUGUCUAAGCCUGUUUAUACUGCAUAUCAGGGACCAGACCUCAUCACAGGAGAUCUCAUGAUACUUAAGAGUGAUGCUGUUUGUCAUUGAGGUGAUAAGCUGUGUCUUCAGAUCAACAUACAACACAGGGUUUUUCAUGCACCUCCUUCUCUAUGUGAGGUUUUAAGAUAAGGAGAAUUUUGACUUUAUUCCCGAGAGGUAGGCCUGUCACGAUAAGAAAUUUUGCUGGACGAUAAUUGUGCUACAAAUUAUUGCCGAUAAACGAUAUUAUUGACACCGUUUUUUAAAUUAUAGAUAAUGAUAAUAUAUUGCAUCAUAAUGCGAGUACACCAUGUCAAAAGCAAUAAACUUUAAUUGCUCAAGAUUAAGAACUCUGAACUAGGAUGAACAAAUAUAAUAAACAAACAAGACAACUAAAAAACAAUGAAAAUAAAAUGGACCCACAUGCUGUUUUAUCAAAAACUGCAUUCAAAUAAAAACCACAAUCACAACUACAAACAAUAAAAAAAUAGACCUUGUCUCUGGUAUGGAACAAAAACUUCACUCCACACAUAACUAUUGAAAUUGAAAUAAAGUGGAGUCUCGAGUCUGUAAACAAAAUUGCACUAAAUAAUUCGCUUUGGGUGCUAUUCCUCAACAGGUCAACAAAGAACAUGCAUGCGCACCUCAAGCACAAUCAUCCCCGCGGAUGAUUGUGCUUGAGGUGCGCAUGCAUGUUCGUCGUAUUCCCCUUCUUUGUCACCAAAACUUUCGAACAAAUGCGACAAAUCGUCCGUGUUCGUGGGCUCACCUCUUCCAUUUUAUUUGAAACCGAAAUGUUCCCACACUGGGGCUGUUGCGUUGGGCUUAAACACCAAAGCUGUCGUUUCAUCAUUCAUUGCGUUUGCUCCGCACUAUGUCAGUAAGUCUGUGUCUGUGUGUGUGUGUGUGUGUGUGUGUGUGCACGCCAGCCCCCACACCCCCCGCCCCUGUCCCCAUGACAAAGAGACUGAAUGACUGACAGGAGGGUUCACUCACUGCGUUCAUUCCGCUAUAGAGCCAACACACCUAGGUGUCGAGAAAAAUGCGCAGAGUGAGACCUCUUUUCUCAUCCAGCGUGUUUGGUAGUGAGAGAGGAGGAAAACAAACACACGUUAAUUAUCGAGGCUGGCAAAGUUACCGACCUCGUUUUUAUUUACCGAGCGAUUAGGCAAUUUAUUGAUUAUCGCGACAGGCCUACCCAGAGGGGAUAUUUGAUAUUUAUUGUAUUAUUCAAUAUUGUUUAUGUUGUCUGUCCUCUUGGGAGUCAAUUUUUUUACCUCCUUUCAUAUUCAGCAUUUCUAAUAUUCAUAUCUAUUCUGAUACAAUGACUAUACAGGUUUUCUGUUACCGUCCCCGGUCUCGUCAGCCUGACUUCAUGAUGAAUUAAAUGUACUGUCAUGUAUUCAUCAUGAAAUAAUUAUUUACCCGCAGUAACUGCUUCACAGACAGGUGGUUAAGUCACUGUUUAAAUUAGACCGGUGUAGCAGGAGGAUACUGCCAAGGGAAAAGUCAAACUUUUUCUAAAGAGAGCCUCAAUACUUCCGGUGACUGUGGCUGAAAAUUUAAAUUUAGUUUAUUAUUAAACAUACAGAACUGCUCCAGACUGCCAUUUAUUAAACAUGUUAUACAGAGCUGCUCUAAACUGCAGUUUAUUAAACAUGUUAUACAGAGCUGCUCUAAACUGCAGUACAUUAAACACAUGUUUUACAGAGCUGCUCUGGACUGCAGUUUGUUAAACAUGUUUUACAGAGCUGCUCUAUACUGCAGUGUAAUAAUCAUGUUCUACAGAGCUGCUCUAUACUGCAGUUUAUUAAACAUCUAAUACAGAGCUGUCACACUCCUGCUGAUCAUAUCAGACCUCAGGUCAGCUGUGAAGCUACACACAUAGUCAAUGCUGCUGAUUGAUUUCCAGUCUGUGGUUUGUUUGUGUGGUCAGUCUGAUCAAAGAGGCGGGGAAGCAGGACCCAGAGCUGGCAUACAUCAGCAGCAACUUCAUCAUCGGCCACAGUAUCGGCAAGAACCAGCCCAGAAACAAGCAGAUGGAAGUGGAGUUCAGGAAGCAGGAGGAGGUAAGCUGACUGAUGGGACAGACCCCAUGGCAGAGAGUUGUGGUUAUUAGUGUUCAUAGCACAUGCACUUAAUUUAGUUGGUCCAUUAAACUAACUGCCUAGUUACAGCAUAUUAAAAAGAUUCAAGGUGCUAUAGUCUACCCUCACUCUACCCUUGCAUGUUUUUAUCAUGCAUGAAAAUCACGGGGUGACAGAGGGGCUGGGCUGGGGGGGGGGGGUAUAAUUUUUUGUUAAACCAACUACUAUUUUUCCAAUCAAUCUUGUUUUUUUCUUGUUUUCUUGUUGAGAGCACAAAAAAUCUUUGUCACUUACGUUCAGUAUUUAUUAAGUCAUCUUCUCUCAAGAAUUAACAAAUUGAUCAGAGCGCCAUGUUGUUUGGUCUAAAAUACCUCUUUACCUUAUGAUUUUUACCUCCGAUAGGAUGUUAUGUUUUCGGUAGCGUUGGUUUGUUCGUUUGUUUGUUUGUUUGUCACCAACUUUACGGAGAAAGUAACAGAUGGAUUGACCUGAAAUUUUCACCAGAGGUGCGUCUCAGCCCCAGGAGGAUCCCAUUACAUUUUGGUGGUGAUCCGGAUCGCCUUCUAUAUCCAGGAAUUUUUUGAAGGAUUCUUUAUCAUUGUGAGAUAGGGCAAAUUUGGGAAUUUUUGCAUUUAACUCUAUAAAAAUGGCCAGAGUCUUAAGUAAAAAAUCAUACAAAAGGAUCUCAAUGAGUUUUAUGAGGUGUCAAAGGUUGAUCCUGAUCCAGACAAAAUUCCGGAUACUGUGAUCCAGAACACACAAAAAUAAGGGUGUCAUUGGAAUUUCCAAUGCUGAAAGAUAACCAAUGGGCGGCACAGUGGUGUAGUGGUUAGCACUGUCGCCUCACAGUAAGAAGGUCCUGGGUUCGAAUCCGGGUCAGGGCAUUUCUUGUUUUAGGAACAUUAUGAACAGUGAAUAUACCAGUUUAAACACAAAUAAAAGUUAAUAAAAGACUUGUGACAGUAAAAGUUUUGGUGUGAAUCACAAUAUAAGGGGGGACAUGAGCUGCUUGGCGGGAGGUCUGCGCUCUCCGAGUGCUUUUCUAGUUCUCAUUAGUUCGCUGACGCAGAGUCUCUGCUCGAGCUGCAGAGACCUCCCCUGGUGAGAAUUUUGGUGCAUGUAAAAGAAUUGGUGUGUUAGCACAACAGGCACAGAGACCCUGUAAAGUUAGUCAAUUUUUGUUGUUUAGAAAAGAUAUGAGGUAUUCCCUCCACACCACCGACAUUUUCAUGCCAGGGUUGUCGAUGAUGUCAUCAUCUGUUGAGCCUUCAUCUGCAUUUCAGCCGGUGUUAGCACUCAUUUUCUUAUUUUCUCACCAACAGUGCUGUCAGCUUCACGUGUUUAAGUGUUAUGGUUGCGUGUAGUUGCAGCCUGCUAUUACGCAGUUGUUUGCUGCUUGGUUCUAAUAAUUCAGCACGAUUGGUUCAGCGGGAAGCAACUCUUCAUUGGCUAUUCGUACAGUCUGCCAAAUAAUGGCAGAAUGCCAGUUAUUGAAAAUCAUAUUGACCAUGUUUUAUAUUGAUAUUGUAGGAAAUCAAUUUUCGAUAUAUAUAUUGUUAAUGUUUUAUCGCCCGGCCCACUUGUCAUGUUAGGAAAUUGUAGCAGGUGGUGUCACUGAAGUGCUCUUUUUGCCCUUUUUUUUUUACUGACAGGUUCUGCGUAAAUUUCGUGCUCAUGAAACCAAUUUGCUGAUUGCCACCAGCAUUGUGGAGGAGGGUGUGGACAUCCCAAAGUGUAACUUGGUGGUGCGGUUCGACCUUCCCACAGAGUACAGGUCUUAUGUCCAGUCCAAAGGCAGAGCCAGAGCCCCCGUCUCCAACUACAUCAUGCUGGCUGACAGUGAGAGGACCAAAGCCUUCGAGGACGACCUCACCACCUACAAGGCCAUAGAGAAGGUCAGCCCUUGGUCCUGUUUGAUGUGAGUUCAACUUCAUUUAGUGAGUUUCAGGUCCUGACAGUGACUCUGUGUGUUCAGAUUUUAAGGAACAAGUGCUCCAAGUCAGUGGAGGUGAGUGAGUGUGAGGUGGAGCAGGUGACGGAUGAUGACAACAUCCUCCCACCCUAUGUGCUUCGAUCUGAGGAUGGAGGUCCCCGAGUCACCAUCAACACAGCCAUUGGUCACAUCAACAGGUAAGUGAUGACUCGAUUUCUCCUGUUACUGACAGGAGCAGCACCUCUGACUGCUGUCUGACUCUGUGCUGCUCAGGUAUUGUGCCCGCUUGCCCAGUGACCCCUUCACUCACCUGGCACCCAAAUGUAGAACUGUGGAGAUGCAGGAUAGGCGCUUCCAGUCAACGCUCUACCUGCCCAUUAACUCCCCCCUGAGGGUCCCUGUGAAGGUGAGAAGGAGCACCUGUGUUUGGGGAUGUAGCUCUACAGCAGUGGUUCUCAACCGGGGGGGCAUGGACACCCUCCUGGGGUUGGGGGGGACUGUACAAAGGAGAUGUAGCUGAGUCCCAAGUGUUGCUAUAGACCAAUUUACAGCCUACCUCAUCAAGAAGCUAAGCAGACAGCAUGGCAAGUGCCAACAAAAGUAGCCUACUAUUUUGCCCAAGCCACUCAAACGACCAAGGAAGCAGGACAAACAUCCUACUUCGACCAACCUGUGAAGAUCAGUCACUACAGGGAGAGAGGCUCACACACCAAGGAUCCUUCACAACAUUACACACACACACGCACACACACACACACACAGAGCAGUGACCUGAUGUAAACAUCAGCAUUAACUGUAUAAACUUCAUCACCAGAGUCUCCCUCAUUAACGCACCUGUCUCCUCUCAUCCACACAGACAUGCCUGUGUUCACAAAGCUACAGCUUUUACACCAGCUUAUUAUAACACACCACUCUUUAAUGGAGAUCUGACAUAAAUUAAUGGAAGGUACCUGACCUCAAAAAAUGUAAAACGUCCUGAUCUCAGUCCACCACACAUCUGAGCAGAGACACAACUGAUCAAACUCAGUCACCCAGCUCCAUCAGUUAAAUAAUCCAUGAUAUUAUUCCUGUUUACAUCCCAUUCCUUGCGAUCAGCGUGUUUCAUCCAUUUGCAUUGUGUGAAAACAGUUUUAGCUCCCUUUAGCUUCAGGUGUCCUGAUAGAGGCUGACAGGAAGAGCAUCUCUGGUCUUGGUACCCAGUCCAGGCCACAGGUCCGGACAGGCUGUGACUAACUCACCACUUUGGAAUCAAGUAGCGGUCCGUGUCCCAAUGGAAGAAGACUGGGAGUAAAUGACCGAGCCAGCCGGCCUGAAACAGAAAUUUUAAAAAGUAGGUUUUAGCGCUAACACAAUGCUAAUGGAUGAGACACUGACUGCAAGAAAUGGGUUGUAAACAGGAUGUACAGGAUGUAAAUGGGAACAAUAUCAGUGGAUUAUUAACCUGUUGGAGUUGGAUGAUUGAUGCUGACUGUUUUAGACACCAAAGUGAAGGUAGAAAAUUUUUCCCUCCGUUAUUUUGUGUCAGAUCUGUUACAGGACGUUUUAGCCUCUCUUCCCAAUAGUGACUGAUGUUUAUCAUGGUGUGACUACGUGGGCCUGUCGGAGGAGAAUAAAGUAACUGAUUAACUGUUGAUUUGAGGCUGUGUCUAUCAAACAUUGCUGCGGCACUGCAUUGAACCACCUUUGGGGGGCCCAGCUCGCAAAAAGUUGAGAACCCCUGCUCUAGAGGAACACGCAGAGGGACAGAGAACCCUGUACACGUGGAGCUCCUCUAGCUUUACUGAGAGCCACGUUACACCUCUUCUAGGCUUACAAACUUCCUAAUGUCGCUUUCUCUUCAGGGUCCCAUCAUGAACUGUGCCAGACUGGCAGAGAAAGCAGUUGCACUACUAUGCUGUGAGAAGCUCCACAAAAUGGGUAAAAUGAUUCAGAGCAAACUCAGCUGCACAGAGACCUCUGUACCUGUGGAGAACUACAGCUUUAGCUGAGCGUGCACUUUUCCUCCCCAGGUGAGCUGGAUGAUCACCUGAUGCCGGUGGGGAAGGAGACGGUGAAGUACGAGGAGGAGCUGGACCUUCACGAUGAAGAGGAGACCAGUGUACCAGGCCGGCCUGGCUCCACCAAGAGGAGGCAGUGCUACCCUAAAGCCGUAAGAAAACUGAUCCAGCCUCUGUCCACUGACUCCUGUAUCAAACAGAGACUUGGUUAAAGCGGUAGUUCCAUGUUUUGACAUGGGCAAACCCUGAAAGUCUUGAGCUGGUCUGAUGCUCUGAGAGGAGACUGAAGAGAAAAAGAAGCUACAGUCUCUGUGCUGCUCUGCAGAACUUUAAAAUUAUAAUUAUUAUCCAGUUUUUUCAUUUAUUAAUGUAUUGUUUCUGAAACUGUAGUUUUCAAACUUUAUUCAGGCGGAGGUUUUCAAUACUCUAAGUUUUAAUCUAAGUUUUUUCCUCUUUCUGCUCUCUUUAAUAUCUGUCUGUUUACUUUUGUACUCAAAUCUUUGACUGAGCGGAAUGAAUAAAUAAGAUAAUGAUGAAGCAGUUCUUUCAGGGAGGGUCUCAAGAUUUCCAAGUACUGUUCCACAUUCCUAUAGUCAGCCAUCGUGUGCUGAUUGCCUCUCCUUCUCUCUGCACAGUUGCUUCUCGAUGUUGAUGCAGUAACAUUUGCACUUACCUGUUUUUAUAUUGUGGUGGAUUGGCCAAGUCUCUACAGGCAGUUUUCUCUUUUUCGGAAUCUCACAGAAACGCACCUGUUGGACCUGUACCUGACCUCUGUCUUUGUUUUUUGUAAUUUUAGUAAUAAAUUGGGCCACAGUCACUGUGCUUAGGUUGAACCACAUCACAGCCAGGCCCUAGACCAAAGUGGUCCUCUCUGUGUGAUUCGAGGGGGUGAUUUCAAAACAAAACCUUUUUUAGGAUUUUGAAUGAUCUUUUUUCUAUGAAACAAAAAUGAUGCUCAGAGGUGUGUUUACUUCUUUUUUCCUUUGGGUAAAUAAGUUUGACUGUGAUCAGUAAAAAAAACCCUGAAUUUUUCAUUUAUGGUUGUUGGCCAUCAGAGCAAACUGAGGUCUGUAGAUUUCAUCCUGUAAAAUAAAACUUUUUCAAAUGUGUUAGUGGUUCUUCUAAUGUUGGUAUGAUUUUGAUGCCAAAGGCCUGAUAACACAGUAUUCUAAUGUUACUUGUAAAACAUAGUUAUUACAGAUGUCUCAAACCUGAGACAGUUGAAAUAUCAGAUUAUUCUUUUUGACCAUGUCACCUCCAGAUGUUUCCCCUUCAGACACUGUGAACAGACUUUUUCUGUUUACUGAGAUGUGUUUGAAAACUAUUGAAUGUUUGUGAUUUAUUGAUCACUUAAUUGAUCAUUGUGUGUCACUCCCUGUCCCCCUGUGUGUCCCCUGCAGAUACCAGAGUGUCUGCGGGACAGUUAUGCUGUACCUGGACAGACUUAUUACCUAUACGUGAUUGGGAUGGUCCUCACCACACCUCUCCCCGAUGAGCUCAAUUUCCGCAGGAGGAAGCUCUACCCACCUGAGGACACCACCAGGUGCUUUGGCAUCCUGACUGCCAAACCCAUACCUCGAGUACGUCCUCUGGUUAAAAAUUAAACUCUCUGGUUUAAAGUUAUUCUGUAUUUUGACUUCCUCCUGGUUCUUGAAAGUCACUGAGGCUCUUUUUGUGUCAGAUCCCACAAUUUCCUGUGUACACUCGCUCGGGUGAGGUGACCAUCUCCAUUGAGCUGCAGAAGUCAGGCUUCUCUCUCACCACCGCCCAGCUUGACCUCAUCACCCGCCUGCACCAGUACAUUUUCUCCCACAUUCUCCGUCUGGAGAAACCUGCACUGGAGUUUAAGCCCAUGUUGGCUGACUCUGCGUACUGUGUUCUACCUCUAAAUGUUGGUGAGUUGAGGUUUUUCUCAGUCAGACUCAGUGGGUAUAUUUCUUUCAGGUCUGCAGAUGUUUAUUUGUUCACUUUCUCUCUUCAGUUAGGGAAACCAACACUCUCGAUAUGGACUUUAAGUUUAUGGAGGACAUUGAGAAGUCUGAGGCUCGUAUUGGCAUUCCUACCACUCAGUACACCAAGCAGAACCCCUUCAACUUCAAACUUGAGGACUACCAGGAUGCUGUCAUCAUUCCACGGUACAGCUACAGUCUUUACAAACACUGAAACCUGUACUGAGAACCCCAAUGAUGCUCUCAGUGAGAUAAAACAGAAACAUGCAUGAAGGAUAAGUAGUCCGUCUACAGACAGUCUCUCAUUGGUGAAGUGUAUUUGGUGUUUUUUCAGUGUUUUAUCAGAUCAUAAUGUGUCAUAUCUAAGUUAGAUUCUCACCAAUGAAAGACUGCCAAUUCCAUGUACGUGACUAUUUCAAGUUCAUUGUGAAGAAAACACCUGCACUACCAGAACAUCCAUGUUUGCAUGAUGUGAAAGUGCUGAAUUGACUUUGUGCCCCAGGAGGUUUCCCUUCGGGCUGUGUGGUUCUCUUUCAGUGAUGCCAGUUUGCUCUUUUCCCUCAGCGCACCUCCUCUGUUUGUUUAUUAGAAGUUUAAUUGUCUUUUUUCAAUUCAAGAAUUUAAAUGAAUUGCAAACCAUCCAGUCAUUUCUCAUCAAUAUUUAUUCAGUCUUUGUACCUGCAUCUUAAGCAGGUCAGAUGAAACUUUGCUUUGGUCGCCUCCUGGUCAUGGAACUUACAGUUUUACAGACUUGAGAUGAUUUGAAGGAGUUACUGGUGUCAACGUCACUCUGUUUGUCUUUCAGGUAUCGUAACUUUGACCAGCCUCAUCGCUUCUACGUCGCUGACGUGUACACAGACCUGACGCCGCUCAGCAAGUUCCCCUCACCGGAGUAUGAGACAUUUGCUGAGUACUACAAAACCAAGUACAACCUGGACCUGUCCAACCUCAACCAGCCUCUGCUGGAUGUGGACCACACCUCCUCCAGGUCAGAAGCACAGAGUUAUGUUCUUACGAUAGACUGGUCCACUUUGGAAGGUUACUUUGUAGCAUGUUAGAGAAGAGGAUUACAGGGAAACCACCAGAGUUCAUAUGUGUCCAAGAGGGUCUUAUGUGAAGUAGAGGCCAGCAGAACAAGCUAUUAGUUUUAUUCAUAGGUGUGAACUACAGUCAUCUCUGCUGCUGCAUGAAUAUCUGAUCUUUUUCAGUUCACCAGAGGAUGUUGAGUCUGUUAUGGUCAGAUAACAACUAAUGCCAGCUAUCCACCAGAGGACAUUUAGAAGAUUUGGAAAAGACUCCUGGAAAACUAUAAGCUCACACUUGCUCACAUCUAAAGACAAGUGUUUAGUGUUUUUAUGAAUACAAUAUCAAAUGCGUUUUUUAUUAUUACAAACACAAGACUAGGAAAAGACUGAUAUAAAACAGCGCAGAUUACCAUCUUAAACUUAAAAUGACGGGAGCGCGCCGUGACUCCAGUAAAACUCCAAGAUUUACUUAAGACUUUCAGUUUUUGGUAUGGGACUGUGAAAAUCGUUUUUCGGAUGCCCAGCAUAAUACGGAAAAUUUAUUUACAGUUUAAAAAUUUUCACAGUUGAAAGUCUGUCUGAAGCUGUUUUAAAACUAUUAAACUAAGCAGUUUAAAACCUGUUGAAUAGAGCAUCCAAAGCUGGACUGUGGGAUUGAAUCCCAGAGAUUCCUCCCACUCCCAAAGUAGAGAUGAAAUGUUGAAUUGUCUGUUUUUGGCUCUCGUAGACUGAACCUUCUGACCCCUCGACAUCUAAACCAGAAAGGUAAAGCCCUGCCGCUCAGCAGUGCAGAGAAGAGGAAGGCCAAGUGGGAGAGUCUGCAGAACAAACAGGUGACGCCCGGGACUUCUGAUCAAAGAGAAAUGCUUCUUCAUCAGUUUGUUUCAUUGAUUUUCACCUGGUCUGAGCCACCCUGUGUUUAAACUUUCCUGCUGAGAUGAGAUCUCCACCUCACACCCAUCCUGAACCUCCACAGUUCUGUUCUGACAGUCUGAUGGGUUUUUCAGAUCCUGGUUCCAGAACUGUGUGCCAUCCACCCAAUCCCAGCCUCUCUGUGGAGGAAAGCUGUGUGUCUGCCCAGCAUCCUGUACCGCCUGCACUGCCUUCUGACAGCUGAGGAGCUCCGAGCUCAGACAGCCAGUGAGGCUGGGGUCGGAGCCCAGACCCUGCCCCCCGAUUUCAGGUCCCUGUUAUAAAUAUGAUAUACCACAAAGUUGGGGUUUGGUUUGUGUAACAUCUAUUCCAUUUUAGAAAGAGACAUUAUAAACAAUCGGCCACUGUUGUUUUAUUUUGGUUAUUACCAGUUUAAAGUAUCGGUGUCUGUGCUCAUGGACCCGUUCAAGUGUUUUUGUGUCUCUGGUUUAGGUACCCAAACCUUGACUUCGGCUGGAAGAGAUCCAUCGACAACAAAACCUUCAUCACCUGUCCUGAGUCUUGUAGUGAAGACAGCAAGGACCACUGUAUGCAUCACGAGACUGUAACCUCUGACCCUGACCCCCAGACAUAUCCCAGCAGCCACCCCUUCUCCCCCCUGAAGCCCGGAGAGGCCCCCUGCACCAGGAACCUAACCAAUGGCACUGCCCCUGUCGCCAACUGUGAUGACCACAGCCACCAACAUGAGCACCUUCUCCAACAUGACAAUUGCCAAAACUCUCAGACCACCCCCCAGGAGCUGCAGAGCCCUGAAUCAAUACAAACCACUACCUCAGUUUCUGUGCAGCCCUCUCCUAGCGUGAAGGAGCCCAGCUCCAGUCCUCCAUGGUCCAUUGAUGAAUGUACAGCAGGGAGGACCUCAGACCACAAGAAUAAAGCUACCUCAGUCUGCAGCCAGGCAGCCACGGGUCCCCUUGCUCACAUAGCACCUUCCACCGACCUCCUUGUCGUCACCCAGCAUAGAGCUGAGGCCGGGGACUCCCCCAAAAGCCUGGGGCCAAACCCAGGCCUCAUCCUGCAGGCCCUGACCCUAUCCAACGCCAGUGAUGGCUUCAACCUGGAGAGGCUGGAAAUGCUUGGAGACUCUUUCCUAAAACACGCCAUCACCACCUACCUGUUCUGCACCUACCCCGACGCUCACGAGGGCAGACUCAGCUACAUGCGGAGCAAGAAGGUGAGUGGGUUUGUAUCAAGUGUCUCUGAAAACAAGGAAUUUCUGUCCUUGAAACAUGGGUCAUCACAAGAUUAAAAGGCACAUCACUGCUCAGUCUUUAUACGGGUGCAUCUCAAUAAAUUAGGUUAUUGUGAAAAAGUUCAUUUCAACAGUUCUUUAAAUAUAUAUAUAAUGUGUGUAUGUAUAUAUAUAUAUAUAUAUAUAUAUAUAUAUAUAUAUAUAUAUAUAUAUAUAUACACUCACCGGCCACUUUAUUAGGUACACCAUGCUAGUAACGGGUUGGACCCCCUUUUGCCUUCAGAACUGCCUCAAUUCUUCGUGGCAUAGAUUCAACAAGGUGCUGGAAGCAUUCCUCAGAGAGCUUGGUCCAUAUUGACAUGAUGGCAUCACACAGUUGCCGCAGAUUUGUCGGCUGCACAUUCAUGAUGCGAAUCUCCCGUUCCACCACAUCCCAAAGAUGCUCUAUUGGAUUGAGAUCUGGUGACUGUGGAGGCCAUUUAAGUACAGUGAACUCAUUGUCAUGUUCAAGAAACCAUUCUGAGAUGAUUCCAGCUUUAUGACAUGGCGCAUUAUCCUGCUGAAAGUAGCCAUCAGAAGUUGGGUACAUUGUGGUCAUAAAGGGAUGGACAUGGUCAGCAACAAUACUCAGGUAGGCUGUGGCGUUGCAACGAUGCUCAAUUGGUACCAAGGGGCCCAAAGAGUGCCAAGAAAAUAUUCCCCACACCAUGACACCACCACCACCAGCCUGAACCGUUGAUACAAGGCAGGAUGGAUCCAUGCUUUCAUGUUGUUGACGCCAAAUUCUGACCCUACCAUCCGAAUGUCGCAGCAGAAAUCGAGACUCAUCAGACCAGGCAACGUUUUUCCAAUCUUCUAUUGUCCAAUUUCGAUGAGCUUGUGCAAAUUGUAGCCUCAGUUUCCUGUUCUUAGCUGAAAGGAGUGGCACCCGGCGUGGUCUUCUGCUGCUGUAGCCCAUCUGCCUCAAAGUUCGACGUACUGUGCGUUCAGAGAUGCUCUUCUGCCUACCUUGGUUGUAACGGGUGGUUAUUUGAGUCACUGUUGCCUUUCUAUCAGCUCGAACCAGUCUGGCCAUUCUCCUCUGACCUCUGGCAUCAACAAGGCAUUUCCGCCCACAGAACUGCCGCUCACUGGAUAUUUUUUCUUUUUCGGACCAUUCUCUGUAAACCCUAGAGAUGGUUGUGCGUGAAAAUCCCAAUAACAGCAGUUUCUGAAAUACUCAGACCAGCCCUUCUGGCACCAACAACCAUGCCACGUUCAAAGUCACUCAAAUCACCUUUCUUCCCCAUACUGAUGCUCGGUUUGAACUGCAGGAGAUUGUCUUGACCAUGUCUACAUGCCUAAAUGCACUAAGUUGCCGCCAUGUGAUUGGCUGAUUAGAAAUUAAGUGUUAACGAGCAGUUGGACCUAAUAAAGUGGCCGGUGAGUGUAUAUGUAUGUUUAUUUAUAUAUAUAUAUAUACCGCCAUACGGUUCAGGGCCACUAUCAAGGCAGCCUGGGCUUUCAUUACACAGCAGCAGUGCCACAGGCUGAUUGCCUCCAUGCCACACUAAAUUGAGGCAGUAAUUCAGGGAAAAGCAGCCCCAACCAAGUACUUAGUACAUAUAAAUGGACAUGUUUUCCAGAUGACUAGCAAUUGAGUUAAAUAUAAAUUUUUUAAAUGUUUUGAUGCAGUAUUCUAAUUUUUUGAGUGAAUUUGAAUUUGGGUUUUCAUUAAAUAUAAGCUUUAAUUAUUACAAUUUAACAGAAUAACGCCAUGGAAUUUGGGUUUUCAUUAAAUAUAAGCUUUAAUUAUUACAAUUAAACAGAAUAACGCCAUGGAAUAUUUCAGUCUGUGUGUCAUUAACCUAUGUCAAGUAUUAUUUUCACUCUUUGAAUUGAACUGUUAAAUUUAAGGAACUUUUCCACAAUAUUCUUAUUUAUUGAGAUGCACCUGUAUAUUCCUAGAGAAAUUUUUUUUUUUUACUCACUUUUAUGUACCUGUAAAGAGCUCAACUGCUGCAUGAGCAGGUAGAGGAAGAGUGAAAAAAAAGUGGAAACUCAGAUGAGCUUUACAUCUGCACGGAAACGGUAGAUGGUCGACUUGGUUGAGGACUGCAGCAGGUUUUUGUUUUUGUUUGUUUUGUUUUUUUCCAGGGUUUAAUUUUCUGCUGCAGACCUGCUGCUAAUGCUAAAACUUCAUUUCCUUUUUUUGUAGCUUUCAAAAUGAAAGUGACUGAGCCAAAGAGACUAUGAGCUUGUUGAAGUUGUGCAAGAAGAACAAUUUGCCUGAAUGUGACAAGUCAGAUUUAAGUCAGAUUUUUGCUUUGAAGUAAAACUGCAGCCCGACUGUUUUCACCUUGGAGUAAUCAUGUCAUUAAUGUGUCCUUAUCCAGGUGAGCAACUGUAACCUGUACCGUCUGGGGAAGAAGAAAGGCCUCCCCAGCAGGAUGGUGGUGUCCAUCUUUGACCCCCCUGUGAACUGGCUGCCUCCUGGAUACGUGGUCAACCAGGACAAGAGCAGCAUAGACAAACUGGACUCAGAGGAGGUCAGUGACUGGAUGCCCUGCCCCACUGUCUAAUGGCUGUCUGUGUAAAUGUCUGGUAGUUUCUGUAGUGAGGAAACUUAAGGUCCUCUAAGAACCUGCAGCAGAUGCCAUUGGUGUUGUUUGGUCAUCAGGCCACAGGAGGGCAGACUGCCACCUUGUCUGGGUACCCUCAGUCUGUGACUGAAGACUUCAGUCCUACACAGAAUAACUGAUUCUUAUAAAAUAAAGAACUACAGACAAAGAUACACUUAGUGAUGAAUUAAGGUUUAUGCAUUUGUAGCUCAUGUGAAUGAAAAUCAGAACACAAAAAAAACUUACAAUAAACUAAUUUAGGGGAAGCAGAAAAGUAAACCCAUCUGUAAUCUUUCCUUAUGGAUUAAAUUAUUACCCUCGAUACUCAAAGACAUUUUUAUGAAGAGCAGUGGUCAAAAAAGCAAACAAACAUCAGAGUUCUUGUCAUCUUUCCAGCCUUAAUAACACCUGGAAAAUACAGUGAUGGAGAUGGCAAAUGGACAGGACUUGUAAAGCACUUUCUGGUUUUCAAAUUGAACCAGCACAUGCUCCAUAUCCUCUGGUUAUGUUUAAAACUGUCAAAAUCGUUUUGUACACUGGUCAAAGGCCAAAGGUCAUUUUAACUCAUUCAGUGCCAAUUACGGAUUUGGACAUAUUUCAUUAUUUGCCCUAAGUGCCAAUGACAGUUUUUGACGAAUUUCUCAGUUUUUUUGUUUUUUGCCCUAAGUUUUGGGUCGUUCUGAACGCAGAUAAGCUGACAAAUAUGUCAUAACCAUGUAACAAUAACAAAAUUAAGUACUUGCCAGUGAGGAGUGUGCCAUCAAGUGUGCCAAUUUGCCUAGUUGUGGAGUGUUUUUUCUCUAUGAGGAGAGUAGAAAAAUGCUGAAGUCAUUAGCCAAGAGCUAACGUCUCGGCACAUUGGCUCCCAUGGACGCGGUGCUACCGUCUCUGAAUCCAGUGGAGAUGCCGGUACUGGACCUUCAAAUCAUCAGCAGACAAUCAAAGAAGACAAUUUUCCAGCGUGUCGUUGUGCCGCCGGUGCCGGUACUGGUGAGCGAGACUGAGCAAGAUAUUCUGUGGGUCCUGAAAGAUAUAGAAAUUUCUAUCGCAGUCAAUGGUGGCACUGGGUGAAAGUUGCAUACAUGAACCUGGCACUAUAUGAGUUAACUAUAAAUGAAUCAUUUUCAUUAAUGUUGUAUUUCCAGUGCAGAUUCCAGCUGUUUUUUUCUCAGAGAUAACAUAACAUUUUUAACAGAAAAAUUAAACUUUUGUGUUCUGAAGGUUAAAAGAGGGGCUGCUAGGCCUGUGCGUGUGAAGUCCAUCAGACAGUCUAACACCAGUGCUGACAGCUGUCAUGUUAUUGUGCCCUGUGGGUUGUCAGUAUAUUUAUGAAGAACAUGGACAUAUGGUGGACUGGUUCUGGUUUGAAGCCCCUGACCAGAGCAGUGAGUAACCAGCCCAGGCAUAUGGAAGUUAACUUGGUGGCGCUACCUCUGUUAAUGGUAGCCCCAUAAACUAUUGGAUGGUGACUGUUUCAUAACUUUUUGUUUUGUUUUGUUUUUUUCUUUUUGUUUUCAAACAUCCCUGAUAAUGAAGAACCUGUACUUGAAUGAUCAAUGUCCAUUCACUGUCAUAACAUUAUUUUAAAAUAUUACUUAAACACUUUUAUAAAUGUCUUGAAAAUACUAACCAAUAAUAAACAUGGAACAGCACAUUUUUAGACUAAAGAAUGAGACAGUGAGUUAAACCUGCUUUGAAAUGAAAAACCGAAAGAACUAAGAUGUGAUGAGACAGCCAUCCUCUGUGGGCAAAGUAACAAUAUAAAUUUGAGAGACAUGACAAAAAAAAAAACAUCUGUAAACAAUAAAGCACUGUAGACAGCCAUCAUAUCUGCUGCAGGGCUCUGUGAACUUAAGAGUCAGGGUACCCUCUGCUGGACAAACUGUAAAAUGACAUACAUCAACAUAACAUAAAGCAGCACAUUUAUCAGUAUAUCCAAAUAUCUUUCCAUAUAUCUUUCCAAUCUAUCUUAUCUAAUCUGCACAUUUACACCACUGGUCAAAAGUUUUAGAGCACCCCAGCUUUUCCAAUAUUUUAUUGAAAAGGAUGCAGUUUAAUGUCUCGAUGUACUCUGAAAAUGAUGCAUAGAACAAAUAAACAAUUGAAAUUAAAAAAAGAAGUCGUAGAAUCUAUUUAGAAACGAAAAUGUAUUCUAAACUUUGAACUCAUCAAAGUAGCCACCUUCGGCAGAUAUUACAGCUGAACACACUUGUGACAUUCUUUCUACAAUGGAAAUAAAGUAUUUUCAGAAAGUACUUCCCAACUCUGUUGCAGAAGUUUCCAUAAAAGUGUAGCAAUUGUACAUUUGCUUUCACUCUUCUGUCCAGUUCAUCCCAAACCAGCUUGAUGGGGUUUAAGUCUGGAGACUGUGCUGGCCACUCCAUGUUUUCAAGUUUACAGUUUUUUUUGUUUUUGUUUUUGUUUUUGUUUUGUCUUAAGGUAGUUCUGGCAUAGCUUGGACUUGGACUUUUGGGUCAAUAUCUUGCUCCAUUAUAUAUCUCCAUUGUAGCAGACCGGUCCUGCCAUCAGGCUGUGGGAGUUCUUGGAUGAGGGUAUGCCAGCAGCCAUGGUUGUUCUAGAUUUGUAUUUUAACUAGGAGCAGAUGGCAGAGACAUGUUUUUGUCACUGUUUUUUGUGGAUUCUGACUGAUUUCACAGUCUUUGUCUCUACAAACAAGUGAACAUGUCUUCACAGCUUUUGUUUUACAACUUCAUUUUUUAUUACUACAGCCAUUUUACAAACCUCAGUUCAAGAGUCUUUUGAGUGUGUAAGGAGGAGCUGCCAAACUAAACUAUGACUCAGAGAGCCUCUGCUGCCUGCUGGAUUUUGACUUCUCUCAUAAAACCACACCAGGAAACUCACUUUACAAAUCCUACAUCAUUUUUAUUAAGAGUUUUAAAGCUCAAACUGACAGUCACUUUUCACUCCUUGAUUCUUCAUAUUUACAUUUAAAUGUCUUUAAACUCUGCUUCAGGCCAAAGAGGACAUUCUUGCCAACGGGCGCUCUAGAAACGACUAUGAUGAGGAGGAUGAGGAGGAGGGUGAAGAGGUGGACGAUGAAGCUGAGCUGAUGCUGAAGGACGAGCCAAAGGACGAGGUGAACAUGGAGGACGACCUGGAGUACUACAAGGAGCACAUCAAGUUCAUCGACAACAUGUUGCUGGGAUCAGGAGCAUUUGGGAAGAAGAUCUCUCUGACAAGCUUCCCUCCCUCCCUCACCCCAGCCUCGGUCUCCUCCCCUGCCAUGGAGUCGCCGUACGAGUGGAAGGCCCCUAAAAAGCUCCUCCACCCCACCGCGGCCCACUUCCCUUCCGAUCCGGCACCCAGUGGACCCUCUGCCGAAGAGUUCGACUACAGCUCGUGGGACGCCAUGUGUUACCUGGACCCCAGUAAGGCCGGUGAGGAGGAUGACUUUGUGGUUGGUUUCUGGAACCCAUCGGAGGAGAACUGCGGCACAGAGCUGGGGAAGCAAUCCAUCUCGUAUGACCUGCACACAGAGCAGUGCAUCGCAGACAAGAGCAUUGCUGACUGUGUGGAGGCUCUGCUGGGCUGUUACCUAACCAGCUGUGGGGAGAGGGCCGCACAGAUGUUCCUCUGCUCGCUGGGCCUCAAGGUGAGUCCACACCUGAAACUUGAUUACAGGGCCAUCUCAACCUGGGGAGAUUCAAGACCAGGACACUUAGACAAACCAGACAUUUUCUGCAGCUUUCAGGACCUCUUUUUUCUGCUCCUGCUGAUGAGAAAUGAAUGUAGUGAAGUAAAACGAUGUUUAACAAUCGAAACAUAUGCAGUCGCACCUUUGUCAGAGAUACAUCACAAACAUAUAAGGUGUUAUGGUCACACAGACUUCAUCCACAUCAGGGAGCCUGUGCUCAACAGUGUUAAACAAAAGGAGUUUUAAAUGCAAUUGUAGUUACACUGAAACAGCUUGUAGACUAUUGACUCUCUCAAUCAAACUUGAACCUGCUCUGUGAUCUGGUCCUUUUCCUGUUCUGUGGUCAGCUAUCAGUCACACUCCUUGAUCUGUUUUUCUGUCUGCAGGUGCUGCCAUUGGAGAGAGGGAGCCUAACAGGAGCAGGGGGGCACAACCGGCACCCAGCCAAUGACCUGUGCUACGGCUGGCUGAAGAUCCCGCCUCGCUGCAUGCUGGACCAUCCAGAUGCAGAGCGGACCCUCAACCACCUGAUCUCUGGCUUCGAGAACUUUGAGAGAAAGAUCAACUACACCUUUCAAAACAAGGCUUACCUGCUCCAGGCCUUCACCCACGCCUCCUACCACUACAACACUAUCACAGGUCAGACUAAACAAACCUUCACCUGUUUCUGUCAUCCAACUUUGAAGGUGUCAGGGAAAGAAUGUUCAGUUUUUAAACUGGCUUAGUCGGAGGAAAGAGUCUGGUGCUGAGACCUGAGGCUCAUGAUGUGACAGAGAAACACAUCACCUGCUCUAAAAUUGAUUUGUGAAAUAAUCAAAUCUGUACAGAAGAGAGAGUUUCAAACUGGCUGAUAUUAUCUUAGUCAUCAGGUCGUUUCAGCUGUAAUUACAGUAAAUUACAGUAAUUUUAUACAGUUAAAGUGAAAUCUGUUUGGUCCUGUCAAAUUGAGAAACAUUAAACAUGACUGAUGAUCCUAUAACCCCAGUUUACUCUUUAAAUGUUCAAAGAAAUUUACUGUAAAUGAUCCAACCUCAGGUUGCACCAGACUGGACUUUUGCUGAAAUCUGAUUUGCUCAUAUUUUCUAAUGCAUUCUAGUGCAAAGUAUUAAUGCAGAAAGGAUGCCAAAGGGCCAACAAAGCAGCUGCAAAACAACGACAAGCUGAUAAAGCAGGUCUGCAGCUGUGCCCGUCUCUGUGUCUCUGCACAGCAACAAAGAUGGUGGAAGUGAAGGGAGAUGAGUUCAAUCCAAGAAACCUGACGAAAUAAACAGAAACAGGUCUAGGGUUGUGCUGUCUGAGUACAAAAGAAUUAGCUGGAAUAACUGAUGGUUAAUAACAGUACUGAUGAGCUUUUCUAUCCACUUCUCAUCAGUAACCUGAACAGACUUCAGAACUUGUCACUCACCAAGCUGCUAAGACCCAGAGUGAACAGGACUGUGCCCUUUUUUACUUGGGUCAUGUCUCCUGCUGACGUCCCUUGAGUCUGGUAGUUAGCUUAAGCUCUUUGUUGUAUCCUCUAGAGGUAUCCUCUGGUAAGAUGUGCAGUGGAGAGUUAAGUUGGUGUACAGUUGGGUUGGUUGAGGUUCAGUUGGUUCCAGACUUUUCCUUCUCUACACCGGUUUUACCCUGGUCUUAGCAUCAGUUAUUGCAUGAAUGUGCUCUGCAAACUUGAUUCCUCCAGCACUCUGCAGGUCUGUGACAGUUGUUUGUCCCUCUCUCAUCCUCAGAUUGUUACCAGCGGCUGGAGUUCCUUGGUGAUGCAAUUCUAGACUACCUCAUAACAAAGCACCUUUAUGAAGACCCGCGGCAGCACUCCCCCGGUGUGCUGACCGACCUGCGCUCUGCUCUUGUCAACAACACCAUCUUUGCCUCUCUGGCCGUCAAGUACGACUACCACAAGUACUUUAAGGCAAUCUCGCCUGAGCUGUUCCACGUCAUUGAUGACUUUGUGCAGUUUCAGCUGGAGAAGAACGAGAUGCAGGGCAUGGACUCUGAGGUAAGUCCAGAAACUCCAAGGAGCAGCUUAUCCCUGCAGGAAGAAACCUAAUCUGUGUUGUUGUAGGUUUUCCCUCCGAAAUUAAGUUAACAUUCACAAAGAUCCUCCCGAAUAACAAGGCUGUUAGCUUCCAUGAAUCUGGUUCAUAUUGCAGAGAUUUCAGGACUGGGCAGAAAAUACAGUUGGAUUUAAUUUACCUGAAAAUGGCUAUCUUGGCAGCAGAUCUCCUCAUUCUGCAGGAGAGGUACGCAAAGCCUUGGGCACAUAAGGCACAAACAUAAGAUCCUGAGAGGAAACAACAGCUCCCGCUCUCUGCUGCCUACUAUUCAUCAAAGUAGAGGAUCAAUUACACCAAAGAGGUGCUUAUAUAGCAUACAUUCAACUAGACCAGGGGUCGGCAACCCGCGGCUCUGGAGCCGCAUGCGGCUCUUUCUUCCCUAAGCUGCGGCUCCCAAUGGAUUUGGAAAAUAAAUAAUAAAUACUUAAUUGCAUUUUAUUUUAUUUUAUUAUUAUUAUUAUUAUUUUUUUUUUGUAAUUCUAAAUUCAAAGAUUAUAAUGCUCUUGUAACAUUAAAUAAACUAUUAAGGCUGCAACAACGAAUCGAUUAAGUAGAUUCGUCGUGACGAAUAAAUCCGUUUGAACAAAUUCUGUAAUCGAUUCGUCGGGUCUUUAUAUAUGUCCAUGGACACCGGCGUGUAAACAUCAGCAGGACGCACAGAAAAGAAACAGCCAUGGCCGAGGCAGCGGCUGAGAAAAACAUGGACACAACCCAACCCAAAUCCCGACCUAAAACAUCAGUGGUGUGGGAAAAACUUCACCAAGACUGAAGAGGAAGGCGUUCAGUGUAACAUUUGCAAAGACCGUUUUGCAUGGCUCGGGAGUACAUCGAUGAUGCGUGAGCACAGGGCUCUCAAGUCUCACGCAUUCAGCGUAUGACACACGCAUUCCCACUCGUUCACACGCUCACACACCACACAUUGUAUUUCUCACGCAUUUAAAUGAACAUGGUGAUGUCCACCAAGUUGCACUUCUUCAACUAUGGAACUGGGGGAAAUCAACUGAGUUCCUCCGAGAGUUCAGAAGCUGCGUGCCACGCACAAGCCAAUGAAAUAAAGUAUAUCUACUGAACAGCCAAUCAAAAAGCAGCAUUGCUGUAUCCGGGUAGAUUUUGAUAUCUUGCGGUUUAACUACAGAAGAAGACAGACACUCGCCGAAAUAGUUCAUUUAUUUCAUAAAUGCAACUCGCUACAGUUUUUUAUAUACUUUGUAUAAAGGUAAAAAAAAAGAUAUAUGCAAUGUUAUCUUCAUUUUAGAUGUCAAAGAGGUUUUGUGGCUCCCUGUGUUUUCUUUUCUGUGGGAAACUGGUCCAAGUGGCUCUUUGAGUGUUUAAGGUUGCCGACCCCUGAACUAGACAUAUCCACAAAAUGCCACGACUCGCUGCUAGAGGUCUGACUGUUUUUAAGAAGGUCGUCUGAGCAGCUUUCAACAUCAUCCCCCUCGAUCAGGUUAUUGAUUGAAGUUCCUUUAUUCGUCCCUCAAGAGGAAAUUCCCUUGAGCUCGUACACGGUAGCAUCUGAGUGAUUCCAUGUUACCUGGUCAUCAACUGACAGCUCUGUGUGUUUGUGCUUCCAGCUGCGUCGCUCUGAGGAGGACGAGGAGAAGGAGGAGGACAUUGAGGUCCCGAAGGCCAUGGGGGACAUCUUUGAGUCUCUAGCUGGAGCCAUUUACAUGGACAGCAGGAUGUCACUGGAGACGGUGUGGCAGGUGUAUUAUCCGAUGAUGAGGCCGCUCAUAGGUGAGGCAGAGUGAGAGUGUGUCUUCUACAAUCUAAAAUCUUGACCUGGAAGGUCAAGAUUGUAGAUUGAACCUGGAAGGUCAAGAUUGUAGACACGAUGCUGUCUUUUAUUAAAGCCUCCCACCUCUGUCUCUCCUUCUGCAGAGAAAUUUUCUGCCAAUGUGCCGCGCUCUCCUGUGAGGGAGCUGCUGGAGAUGGAACCAGAAACUGCCAAGUUCAGGUACCGCAUCUGCACCUUUCAUGCCCGCCUCUGUCUUUACAUCCUCAAGACUUUAUAUUAAGUAUUUAGUAGUAGUCAGGUACGCAGGUACAGUGCCGAGACUUUGGAAUGAGGAUGCUAAGCAGAUUUGAAGUAAAUGUUCUUAAAUUGAUGGAUGUCUGUCUGAAUCCCACUCCUACAGCUGGGCUGUUAUUACACAGAAGGCAACAUCAAGGAGACUCCUAAGCCUCUAAACAAACUUGAUCCAGUUAUCAGCUGCAGAAAGCUCCCACACAGACCUUAAAAUAUACUCGACUAUAACUCAAAUUUGUGAAUAUUUAGAGUACUGGUCAUCCACAGUCUUCUCUGUUAUGAUUGUAUGACCACAUCAGCUCAGAGUGUCAUUUACCAUCUGUGUGUAUGCUGCAGGCUGACUCUGCAGAGCUCAGACAUGCAGGAGCUUCAAUACAGAUCUACCUGCAUGUGUGGUGUGGUGGGUUAAAGUUUCAGACCCUGACUCUGAUUCGGUCAAAGAUGACUUGUUGUAAGCUUUUACCUGUUUCAGUCCUCCUCACCUAACCCCUGUCCCUGUGUCCUUGCAGCCCUGCAGAGAGGACAUACGAUGGGAAGGUACGGGUGACAGUGGAGGUUGUGGGUAAGGGCAAGUUCAAAGGAGUUGGCCGCAGCUACCGGAUCGCCAAGUCAGCGGCAGCGCGUCGAGCUCUGCGCAGCCUCAAAGCCAAUCAACCUCAGGUCCAAAACAACUGAGCUCAGCAUUAGCACCUAAGCUAUUGAUGGUAACAUAGAGGCAGCAAAGUGAGCUUCCCAAACACAGUGUGAUGCUCGCCGGGGAACAGCAAGAGGAGACGGAGGCAGUGGAGGAAGAAGCAGACUGAUCUAACAACAGAUUUCACAUCAUCAGACCUUGUACCUUUUUCUUUUUUACCCCCUUUGGUUUGCGCAAACACAAUCUUUCCUUUCCCUCUCUGCUUUGUGUAAUCACCAGUGCUUUAUUAACGUUUAGCAAAGUGUUAAAAGGUCAGGUCUCAGAGUCUACUCCUCACUGUUUUUGAUUGAUCCUUAACCUCUGUGUCAGUGAGACAAGGCUUAUGCUCAUUGUGUAGUUUUAGAUUGUACAUAGUUCAAUCAAAAGUGUAAAUCAAAGUAUGUAGGAAAAAAAAAGAAAAAAAAAAAAGGAAAACGCUAAACUCCUCAGCCUGUGCACUAGUGCCAGUCAGUUUGAAGGCGCUUUUGAAAACGCUAAGGGCAGACGUGGUGAGCAGAUACCACUGAAGCAGAAAAGCUGGUGGCACCUCUGUUGGAAAUCUGUCUUGAAAUGGUAUUCUUAAUCAUUUUUGCACUUGUUCCAUUAGGGUCUGUUACUUUGAGAAUUGUGUGGUCACAUUGACACCAAAAUCAUUUACGUAGCAAAGUAUAUAAAUAUAUAUAAAAGGAGUCAAAGACAUGAAUGAUUUCCUCAGCACAGACACCGAGGCUCACCCUCGUAUCCUGCAGAGAGGAGAGAAAUUUCAACAUUCCCGUUACUGUAAUUUAGUCGUUUUGAACCGCACUUGGGUUUGCAUGUUGGUGUAGCUUAUGUGUAAACCAUGAGAACUGGAUGGCUUCUGUACAUGUUGAAAUCUACUCUCAGAGCGUGAGAGCCACAGUAGAUGUCCUGCCAUUAUCUCCAUCCUUUGGUUUCACAUCUUUUGAUACAAAGAGCGGAUGGAGGACAGACCUCUCGCACUAACAUCUUUCAGCUAAGCGGGCGAUCAUCCCGUUUUGAUAUAAAAUAGAGAGGAAGACAUAUCACAGGUUCGAUAUAUGCUGCAGACUUUUCUAUGGAUUGGAUACUCGACACGCAGAAUCUUUUCAGAUACUCAGUCCUUGUGAAAAAAGCUGAUUCAUUUCAACACACUAGUGUUCCUCACAUCCCAAACCUACCAAAGCUAGAUCCGAUGUGACACUCUGAGAUUGAAGUGGACUCCUCAAGAUGAGGAUACCAGCCUUUGUUUUCUUUUCUUUUGUUUCUCAUUAGUAAGCCCUUCUCUCACGUGAAUACCUCAGUUAAUUGCAUGCAUUUUCUUGUCUUUAUUUUCUUUUUGUUUGGUGCUAUGUUUUUGUGUUAAGCUUGAAUUUCUCAUCUUUUUUGCACUGUAACUAUAAUACCUCUUUAUUUGACCUUUUUUAUUUUAAGCUUUGGAAAUCUGUUCAAUUUGGUUGUCCUGUUCGUCAGCCACCAUUCAUUCAUUCAUUCAUUCAUUUUUUUUUUCAUCAGCUACACAGUUCACCAGUAGAGAAUCUGAUGGACUCUGGGUCAGCAAUGACUGAUGGAUCAGGGGGGUCCGUGCUUCAGACGUAAUCCAAUCAGACUGCACUCUUAACUUAAUUUAAGCUGCAUGUGAAAGAACUUCAAUCUCUGUUAUGAAUCUGUGAUUUUUAAUCUGGGCCCGUUCUUGCACCCUUUGGAGAAUAACAAGUCUGAAGGUUUGGAGCAUCUUCAGUAAAACAGACUGUCACUCAAUCAGCAUCCAUCCAGGCAAAGGGGUCGUUUUUGCCCCUGACAGACUUAGACACUUUGUCUCAGAGUAUGUCAGGGUGACAGAGAGGACCCCUGCAGAGACAGAGAGCUGUAUGUAAAAGAUUGAGCUCUUUUUUUUAAUUAUUUUUUUUAACCAGAACCAGCUCAGAUCACACCAACUGAGAGAAUCACAGUUAAUCUCUGCAGGUCACAAGAGGUGCUGGUCUGCACCCACGUCCCUGCUUUUUCUGGGAGUAGACUGGGAGUAGACUGACAGCUUCAGUUAAAAUGCAGUUUUGAAUGAUGGAGUCUGACGUCUGUACAGAGAGCGUGGAACAGCUUUCUCCUUUAGGAGGGUCUGGCAUUGAAGACAGUCAGUGAGAAAAAGAAGAACUUUACGAAGAGUCGUUCAGUCAGAAGGAUUGUGCUGCAGCCUUUCUAACCUGUCACAUGGUUGCUGGCUUAAACAGACUCUUAAGUCAAAAACUUUGUUUGACAAAUGCUCUGUGAUUGGACAACGGGUAUUUAAAUAACCAAUCAAAACAAUCUGCAGUUUGCCUCUGUGCGUUUGUGGUCAUAAAUUACUGACUGUGCUGCAAAGAACACAAGAAUCAUAGAGUCACACACACACACACACAGAGAUCUGCUCAGCCCUGCCCUCAUCAGUACAGUAGUUCUUGUAAAGCCGACACAGUAAGAGUGUUCAUGUGAGGGUUGGGUUUUCUGUCCCAGCUCAGAGAGACCUAACAGUCCCAUCUAAACCUCACCACAGAGGCUUUAAAUUUAGCCUAUCAGGUUAUUUUUCAUUUAAAUCUCUAUUUUUGAUUAUUUUGAACUGAAUGUAAAAUCAUUAUUCACAUAUUUUCAGGUUUCUGGGGACAGCCUCCUUCCUGCCUCACACAGUUUUUAUUUUCUACGCUGCACAAGUUGAAAACUGAGGACGUUUUUGAAGUCUCAUUUCAGGGUCAAAAAGUCUCACUAGACCUGAAGAGUCCAGAUAAACAUCCUGUUUGAAGGUGUUCAAAGUUGAAGACUUGAAUGUAAUGGUAGAAAUAGAACUGCUGAUGGAGUUGGAGAAAUUUUCUGACAGCUUUCCUGUCAGAAGAAACUUCCUAAGUAUGUUUCUCUUAAUCCUUGGACAAUGUUUUUUUCUACACAUCACACAUGAUUCAGGUGUUUCUUCAGACUUGAAGACCUAUAACAGGAGGUAUAUCUGGACUUCUCAGGUAAACGUGGCCCGUAUCAAACCCAAUGAGACUUUGUUACCCUGAUAAUUAGUCCAAAAAUCGUGGUUAGUGUACUUCCAUCAUAAAUGCCAAUCUCUUGAGUCCUCACAGCUGUUUUCUGAAAUAAUCAAGAAAAUGAUGAAAAGCUAGUGAACUUCAGUUCAGGCGUCCGAACGCACUAGAGUUAUUUCCAUCCACCUUCUGCUGGAUGGUCUGAUUGUUCUCUCAGUAUCACAAGGUUUUCCCAUGAUGACUGACGGAGUCCAUCAGAGAACAUCAAAAGUCUAUUGGUCCUGAAUUAUCAGGAUCUGACAGCUUGCAGUCUGUGGUACGUCUGGACCCUGUCAGACCCUCUGAGUCUGUUAAUCUAUCUGAGCUGUUGGAUCUUCCAGUAUAGUCACACACCUCAGUCUGUAGUGCAUACUCACUCUCACACUAAGGGUCAGUUAGUCUCCUGGAGCAUUGGGAGGGUUACUAACUAAGAAUGUGAAUCACUCGUUCAGUGCCACGCUCUCUUUGUUUCUGUCUGUGACUGAAAAGGAUCAUGGAGAUCAGCAGACCUCACUACACAACCACCUUCACACCUUCAGGAGAGAUGGGAGAGUGUGUGUGCGUGUGUGUGUGCAGGAGGGGGCGGGUCUCUGUCACUCAGAGCAGACUUCGUUCCUCUCAUUCCCGCAGAUUUCUUUUUUCCUUUCUUUAUGUACAUGUAGCACAAAUGAGCAUUGCACUUGGGCGCCAUACUUUACCUCAUGUCAAAGUGUGAAAGGGAGUAAACGCUGGAGGAACAUGAAUGAGUGUAUCUAUGAUGAUGACAAUGUUAACCAGGAAAAACUCUGGCUCAGGCUUUGCUGCUGCUCUGGAUGCUGCUGUCAGACAGAGACAGACAGGCUGUUGGAGGAGGACUGACCAGACUGAGGGACCUUAAAGAGAUCUGGACUCUCGAAUCUGUGAUGUCCAAAUUAAACAUCUGUUUGACGAGAAAACAAAGACGUCCAAUCACGAUGAACCCUCUCUCUGUUAUUACAGACAUUUGAUCUGAUCAAUGCUUCUCUAAAGGUCUCAGUUUGAAGUUGAAACCUCCCACAGCCUUUCAGAAGAGUUUAAAGGAACAAUCCACCAAAAAUCUAUCAUCUAUCAUCAAAUUCAUCUAUCUAUAAAAAAGUCUAUCCAACAGGCCUCGUCUCAAUGUUUGUGAACUCUCUGAAGUUAAAUUUUAACCUAGACACAGAGAUGUGUUCAGUUUUUAAUCAUUGGUAAAUAUCUGUAAGGCACCAAAUUAGAGUAAAAUCUGAGAUCAUGACAUCUAGAAUAAAAGUCAGACUUUAUGCUCCCACACAGUCAGGCUUUAAGAGUUGUCCUUUUUCCUCUUUUGUUGAGAACCAACAGGAAGAGAGUUGUGAGUUGAGCUCUUAGUUGCUGCACAAACACACAGCUCUGUUUACAGGAAUUAUUCAGUUUCUAAAAGUGUUACUGUGCACAUUACUAACACAAUGACAACCCACAGCAGGAGUGGAGCAGCUCCAACUUCAGCUUGGUGUAGAUGGAGUCAGCUAUUUGUGAGGAGAGGGAUCUAAAAACAAGCUUAUUCCAUGCUGACUUUAACCCAAGAUGCUGAUCCAGUCUACACUGGGGCUGCAGGCUGAGGGGGUCCACAGGAGCAAAGUUCAAAACUUUUGUUUCUUCUAGACCUGAAGUUUGCAGAAAUAUGAUCCUAAACUGCUCCAGCAGCUUUUAAGUCCAUGUUCACUAAACUUGACAGAAAAUGAGGUGCAGUCAGAAACAUCCAGAGACUGUCCCCUUAGAGACUUCAAAUAUUUCAAAUCAGGACUGAAGAGAGAACGUGAAGUGUUUCAUUUCACAGCAUCUCUGAUGAAAUUUCAAGUGUGUUUAAGAGAAAAUGUUACCUGAUUGUUAGGACAUUAUGUAAGAAAAGUCAAGAGUGUUAGAGUUCAGUCAUGUCAGUGUUAUUCCCAUCAAUGUGCCAAAAUCAUUUCAAUCCCACACCGUUGAUUGUCUGCCACAUGAAUCUGAGCAGGCCAGUGUGUCAGUGAAAAAAAUGUGGAUUUGUCCUUUAACCUCCAUCAUCAGAAACAUCAUCAGUGUGAACAGAGAACUAUUUCCCUUCCGACAGAAAACUAACCCUGUUUUGGCAGCACAAUACGGUCUCAUAAAUCCAGCAGGGAGCCGUGCAGGCGUCCGGUCAGGAGCAGCAGAACACCAGCAGGGUGGAGUUGAACGUGGCAUGAUGGACCGAUUAUGUCAGUGUGGUGAAUUAUGGACCAUCACAACUUGAAGCAAGAGUUUAAGGGACAUUUGAAAAGAAACUCCUCAAUGAUACUGUAAAAUGAAGCUGCAGUGGUUUGCGGUCUGCACCUUAUGGAUCACAGAUACCUUUAAUUUGUUUGUUUGGAUUUUCUUUUUCUUUUUUAUAAUUCUAGCCCAGUAUAUCUACAAUAAAGUCAUGGUAUGGUCAUUCACAGCUGCUCUCCGCCUCCUUCAGUCACACGUCAAGUUUCUGCUUACUGAUAAUGACUUCACCACCCCCUGAGCUCUCCUCUAGCACCACCGUGAGGACAGAACGUCCACUGCACCUCCAGCUGCCUGUACAGGUGGAGCUCUAGAGUUUAGGAGAACCUAGGAGGGUUCAUGUGAGGACAUCAUCUCAGUAGCAAAGCUGAACUUCUUCAAAACUUUUACAGUUUUGAAUUUAACACCAUCAGAAUAUUUCCCAAAAUUCAGUCAGAAACGGUUUGAAAACACAGACAUUUCUGUGAAGUCAUGUCCCCCUUCAGUUCUUGCUCAGGCCUCUUUCCUGUGAACCCCCGCAUCAGUAUGUCAUGGAGCUGAUCAGUCCGUGUCCCUGCUGGAGUCUUACUGAAGUCCAGGGGUCCGUUUCACGUAGCAGGUUUAGUGGAAACUCUGAGUUUGUUAACCCUGAAAUCAGCGGAACUCUGAGUUUUCCGUUUCACAAAGGAGGGUUAGUUAAACCAGGGAGAGAGGGGUAACUCUAACCUGUUUCACAAAGAGAGGUAACUCAACCUCGCGGUCAGUUACCACAGUAACAGACUCCGUGAACCUAACCUGCUCGGGAGCAGGUUUAACUCAGUAAACCCAGAGUUUCAGGUGAGACAUCGGCAUUUUCUCAUUUUGAUCAUGUUUUACAUUGUCAAGUAAGUAUUGAGUGGCAGUUUGAUCCCUUAAAAAAUGCUCUUUUCACACUCAAAACUGAAUUUUACUCUCUUAUUAUGUUCCGUUAAAUGAUUAGGAAUAUUAAACUAACACAAAAACGGGUGGUGGUCCAGCAGCCCCACCUUUAACGGAGGCAGAGGAGCUGCCCCCCACCUCCCCCGUUCGACGAUCGCGGCCGGUCCGACAGACACACGCACACGCACACUAGUCCGACGAUCGCUGCUACGGGGUGGGAGUUGCGAUCGUCGAAGGGGGGGGGCAGCUUCUUUGCCUCCGUUAAAGGUGGGGCUGCUGGACCACCACCCGUUUUUCUGGCAUCUGCCCUCUUUCUGUUUGCUGAGUGAAAGUCUAAUAUUGAGUGUAGUGAGUGUUAGUUUAAUAUAUGUACAUAUACAUACUGAGAGUUAGUUUAAUAUUCCUAAUCAUUUAACGGAACAUCAUAAGAGAGUAAAAUUCAUUUUUGAGUGUGAAAAGAGCAUUUUCAAAGGGAUCAAACUGCCACUUAAUACUUACUUGACAAUGUAAAACAUGAUCAAAAUGAUUCAAGCAGUUUCCCUGCAACAGUCUGUCAUUGUGAUUGCACGAGACUAGAUUUAAAGUUACGCAUUUACGCGAGCAGCGAUUUCCUCCCAUGCCCCCUCCUUCUCCUUUGCAGCUGCUGCUGUAUUGCACUUUCUUUUAAAAACGUGCUGUAAUUCGCUGUUGGCUUGCUGCUGCCCCCUCCUUCUCCCUGUUUCCAUUGGUUGAUCAUUGAAUCUGCGCUCCACAGAUGCUGGCUGUUCAUGUCUGGCGUGCACGUGCUGAACUCCAGGUCAAACUACUCGGAGUUGUUAAAACCGUCUCAAAUCAGGUGUUGUGUAACCGGAAACUCAGAGUUUCCUAACUCAGAGUAGAUCAACUCAGAGUUAAGGAUUUAACUCAGAGUUUGUUGAACCACCUACGUGAAACGGACCCCAGGUCUCUCUGAUAGCUCCUUCAGCUCAUCUGUAUUGUUGCUCUGGUGUGUAUCAUCUCUCUCUAGAUGAGACUCCAGAGAUCCUCUAUGGGGUUCAGGUCAGACCAGUUUGCUGGACUAUCAAGCACAAUAAUACCACAGUCAGCAAACCAGUUUCUGGUAGUUCUGGUUCUGUGGACAGGUACCAGGUGCUGCUGGAAAAGGAAAGCUGGAUCUCCAUAAAGCUUCUGAAGGUCUCAGACAUCUACUGGUAGACUUUAGACAGUGUUGAUCCUGGACUUGAUGAAACACAGCAGACCAGCAGCAGAGGAUUAUCUCACUGCACAGCAUGGAGGCUCCUACCCAAGCUUCAGGUGUGACUGGAGUUCAUGACAUCUGCUGCCCUCUGCUCCAGCCCAGAUCUUUGCCUCUACAGUCUAAUCAUGAUGUUCAAAAGUGUGAAUGAAACUGAUGACACAUGACUCUGAUCCUGCUCAUACUCUGAUUCUCGUCCGCAUCACCCCCUUUAUUGGCCCCCUCUGAGUGGCCUACAGACUUCACUGCAAUGUGAGCAGGACAGCAGGUUUAAGGGUUAGGGUUUAACAGUCCUGCAGCAGGACAGCAGCAGAUUUAAGUGGCCCCAGGAACCAAGCAGGUACAUAGAAGAUCAGGUUUCAGUCUGGAGUUAACCUCCUCACAUGUGUUUUAAAGUCACAUACUGACUGCUGUCAUCCUUCAGCAUCCCUGAUAGUGUAGCCCUCUAACUGUUUUCACAGUCAGAGGGCUACAGAUACUAUCACUGCUGUGCUGGGCUGUUGCAGAGUGAGGGUGUCUGAAGGGUGUCCAGCUGCUCCUGUUUGCUGUUAAAACCACCAAUAUCAGAGGACUAAAGUUCUGGCACAACAUAACCAACUUCCAAGGUGCUUGGGGAGAAAAGGUCUUAAAGUGAUCAAAAGAGCUCCUGCAACACUUGUAUUUCAGGAAAACAGCUUCAUUUGACCAAUGCGUUUUGGCCUGUGGCCUUCAUCAGGAUCGAUGACCUUGUUGCUGGAGCUCUUUUGAGAUCUUCAAGACCACCAAUAUCUAAAGUUUGUCCCUGCACCAGAGAACCAAAGAAAACAGACUUCUUCAUGUUUUGAACUACAAACUGCAGCUAUAGUCAGUGACCACACCAACCCAAUCGGUCUCUACACCGAGGGGAUGACCACAUCAGCCAGAACAAAGCCAGAGGUUCAUUUCCAUCUGUUGUCCCCAGCAGGUUUGUGGUUAUUCAUAAAUGUACAGUAAGCUUGUAUUUGAAAUAAAAUCAAAUUAAAAGUACAAAACCAGAGAACAAGCAGAGUCAGCACAAGCUUCACAAAGACCCCUGUAUGACACUGAACUAACUCCUUAUUUCUUUUUGAAAUAAGGACUUAGUUCAGUGACCUGUAGACCUGAGUCCCUGUUGGAGCUGCAGCACUCACAGAUCAGUCAGGUGUACCUUUGUGUCCCCGUGUCCGACAGUUAAACUCUUAAAACUUGACAGGUCCUCAGAGGAUGAUUCCUGACUCUUUGAGUUGAUCCGAAGAGACAGAGGUUUCCCUGUCCAAUCCCUAAUGGUAUGGGGGUCAUCAAAGGUCAGUGAGACACAUGAGUUUGUCAGUUUUCUGCAUCGUCAUCUUUACUGUUUUCAGGACCUUCAAUAAUGAAACCCUUAAAUCCUGUGUUUGCUUACAUUUCACUUAGCUUUUAUUGAAUUGGGGGCUUUACUUUAAGCUUCAUGGGUUGAAACAGAGUGUGUUUUGUGUGGAUAUAAAGGGACAAACACGUCUCAUCAAAUGUCUUGUGCGUUUGUUGUCACAUUAUUCUGAACAGACAGUCCAGCGUCUGUCCACAGCAGGGGACUAAACCUGCAGGUUCAUCCUGGACUUUAGACUUUUAAUUUCUCUGAUUCUGUCUGGAGCGUUUGGAUUUCCAGCUUGUUGUGGUUUCCACCUUAUGUCUCAGCAGGUGAAUGUGUGUAAUGAAGCAGCUCAGAGUGGAGUUCAUUGACAGUGAUCAGCUGAGUGUUAGUGAGGGGCAGAGGCAGCCCAGACGCCUGCUCACACAGAUAAUCAACACAAUCACAACUUUGGGCCAUGCUGCUGUUUUGUUUGUGGAAAGGUGGCUGUGUGUAGAACAGCAGCAGCAGCCCCCACCCCCCUCGCUUUGAUGAGAGGCAGAUAUUGAAAUGAAGUGUGGAGCUGUGCUUUCAGCCUGAAAACACUGGGAGAGGAGUCUGAUAAUUAAAAACAUCAUUUCAGCUCCUGCUCGGCCUAUUUCCUUUCAGCAUUAUGGUGGCUCUGCAGGUAAAUUGGUCCCCGUUCUCCUGCCAUGGCCGUAAUGAGCAGUGGUUAGGUCUGACACCAUGUCUCUUUGAUUGAACCUAAAUGAGAAAUAUGCCAUCAACAGGAGGGAGGACUCAAUCAUCAGGACUUUAAAUAUGAGACGAGGCCGCCGAGCCAGAGGGGGCGAGUCUGAGUGAAAGUAUGAUAUUAGUCCUGCUGAUGGGGAGGAAAGCACACACCUUCACACUUUGUCAGUGUGUGUGUGUGUGUGUGUGUGGUGCCCGGAGAAAAAGCUUAUUAUACAGAUAAUGAUAUAUCAAAAACAUCUCAGCCUUAGCGUCCUCGUUUGCUAUGACCUCAAGCUGUCUCUGCUCCUCGCUCUGCUGCAUUUACACUAAUUGUUCAUCUUAUUCAAGCAGAAAAAACAGAAAUGAUUCAACCUGCAAAGACUGACUUAAUCUUCGGAGAGGACCUGAAACUGAGCCUGAGGAGCAGAGCAGAAAUGACUGUGUGAUGAUCAUGAACCAACCAACACAUUCACAUUACAGUUCAUUCGGCUUUAAGAGCUGAAACACCAGUCUUUAAACAUUCAGGAGGAGGUACAUGUCAGGAUGUUCGUGCAGUUUCAUAACUUUGUCUGCAUGUUUGUCAGAGCGUCUGCUUAAGACCAGGACAUGGUACCACAGCCAGGCCAGACCGAACCAGCUCAGAGGACAAAUGUUGGAAUCAUUAAUUAAACAAAUUGCAGGAGAACUUAGAGUGAGUCAUUAAAAAUUUAAACAGCCAAUAUGCCUAUUGAUAUAAGUUGCAGAGCAUUUAUUUGUUAUUGUACAACACUAGAGACCUUGAAUUAUUUCAAUAACAGAUUACAGAAUUUCAGAUGGUUAUCACAAUAAAGACUUUAGUUUAUCACAAUAAUUGCAGAAUUUUUUUUUGACUACAAAAAAAAAAUCACUGACUUUCUCUGAAAAAAUAAGAAUUACAAAGGUUAACAGUGAAUAAUCUUAUUUUAACUUGUCUUAUUUAUCAUGAUCAAAUCCCUGUGUGUUCAUGUGAGUUCUAUUUCACAGCAGGGUCAAAUGAAAUGAGCGGGGUUAAGGCCAAACAGAAAAUGUCCCAGUAAAGUCCGUCCUCGGUGGCAUUCCUGGUUCAUGUUUUCAGGAGUUCUACUUUGGUUUCCUUAAUUCCCUGUUUUGUAUUUGUGUGAUACUUUGGUCCCUCUGAGGGUGAGACACAUGAGGGUUCAACAUGCCAACCUCAGGACACCCCUCAUACCUGAGUUUUCACUGUGUAGACUGUUUCCAGCUGCACUGUUGUUAAUUUCACUCACAGGUCUAAUAUCCAUGAUAGUACACUGUGGGCUUUUGGUGUGUGGUUCCCUGCUCACACCAGUCUGAUCUGCUGCUCCUGUCUGCUGAGCUCAGAGGUGGAAUCUCAGACUCAAAGUUGGCCCUCCCCUCAGCUCCUUCUGUAUAGGGGAAAGUGGGGUAAAAUGAUCCAUUUUUCAUAUUUCAGAUCACUACAUCAAGGCGAUCAUAGUUUUGUCUCUAACUAGUGUAUCUGCAUAUAUUUCAAGAUGUUGUGCAUCCCUGCAAACCAACAGAAUGAGUUUAAACAUAACUCUCUUGAUAAUAUAUCAUGCCAAAAAAGUGGUCUCCUAUGGUCAACUUACCAGUUGACCCCCCCCCCCACACACACACACACACACACACACACACACCUCCCCAGCCCUCCCUCACCUUCUCUCUCCCUAAAUAACAGCCUAUUCAUACAUCUAUUAUACACCAUUCAACUGGUAAAAUAUUCUUUUUAUUAUUCUGCAUAUAACUGCUAAAAAGCUGUUUUGUAAAAAGACAUUUUAACAUAAGAAGGGCUUUAAGUGAUUCAGAACAUUCACAGCUGUUUUUUUGAAAAGAAAAAGUAACACAUUUCAACAAUCUGAACUGAAACUCUGAUCCUCAUCAGACUCCCUUACUUUAUCAGUUGAGCCACUGGCUUAACUUGCUCUAAAAUAAAACGGUGGACUUUUUUGCUAGGUUUUUGACCUCAUGUUGUAGCUCAUAGAUACCACAGUUGGUGUAUAACACAAAUUUAAAAUGAUCUCUUUUUUUGGUCUGAACACAAUUCUAAUAAAAUUUGUGACAGACUAAAUUCACUUUCAAGAGUGAAAAAUGUUUUUUUUUUUUUUUUAAAUAAAUGUCUAAUCCCUUCACCCAUGUGCUUCUAACCUUCACAGACUCCAUGAAUUGAUGCCCAUCUCCUAAAUAUUUGGUCACAUGAUCAAUUUCUUUUACCAUUUCCAUGCAACAGUGGGUGGCUCAACUUACCCUUUGGCUCAACUUACCCCACUCUUCCCUAUGCUGUCUGAUUUUGCCAGUGUCAUAUAGAUUCUCAUUGAUGGUGCUCUGUUCAGUACUUUGAGGGUAUUUGCUGCAGCUCUGCCUGCUCUGUAUGCACAAAUAGGGGGGAGACUUGCUCUUCCUGCCUUGGGCUUUUAAAAGUGUAAAUCAAGAGCAACAAAAGCUUUAAGUUAAUUUUAAAACAAGCUUAGAUCAGACAUCGAAAUACUUUGAAAACCUGCUUGCUGUGUGACACUCCAUGUACGAUGCUGCUCUGUUCUCAUUUAUCUUCAAUUCUGCAGUGAUUGUUGAUCCUGAGCAGGUUGAGCACUCAGGGUUUAUCAGGGACUUUUGUUAAAUCUGCACUUUGUUUCCAAAGUGAUCUUCUUCAGAAAAGUGCUUGUGUCUCUGCCUGCUGCUGAGAGGAGAAAAGUUUAAUAUUUCCACCAUGUUAGCCGAUGAUUAUUAGUCAUUAGUAACUCAAGAAGAAAAUAUGAGGCUGAUUGCUUCUGGAGCGGUGGAGGCAGAGCCAGCCAGCAGCAGACGGGCUUUAUUAGAAGAGAAACUAAGUCGAGUGAUUGUUGAGAGCUGUGAGCAUUGGACCACAGAGAGCGGCAAGUUGCUUUGAAUUGGAGUCUGAUCAUAUCAGACUCAUCUGUGUGAAUAUCAGGUUUGCUCUGCACAAGUCCACAGAGACAGACGGAGUAGAUGUGAGCUGGAUUUUGCUCUGUCUGUGUUUUUAGAGAGUGCACAGCAUCAAACCAGUAUCUCCUUCAAGACCUUUAAAAGGCAGUUCAGAGAGUUUUUGUGGAUCAGUUUUUGGAUGUAAUAAAGACACAGAAACAGUCUGACAGAGACAGGUCACAGAGUUUAGAUCUCCAAGUAGAGCCUAAAUCCAAACAAACCCAGUGAGAAGAUGAGGGUGGAGGUGGUGGUGCAUCAUUAGCUGAGUCCCACCAUGGACCAGUCUGGUCAGUGCUGGUCGCUGUGAAGCUGCCUCACUCUGACUCAUGAUGAGGUUGUCAGAGCUUUUCUCAAAAUGAAAUGAAGCAGAGAAGAGUUUCAUUUCUUUAGUUUCAACAAAUUUACAUUUUGGUGAUUAUGUAGAUGGUCCAGAAGACACAUCUGUGCUCAUAACAUUCAAUUGUGUUUUUCAGUCAACUCUGCAUGUCCAACAGAGAGACUACACACAAUCUGUUAUUAUCAGACCAAGAACAAGCUCACAGGCUCUGACCCUAUACUGUCGCUCAUCGAUGGCGAACCGGUCCUUAGUGCACUCCUGCAGACCUGGAGCAUCUGUGUGGACCUGAAGCACCCCUGCAGACAUGGGUCUUUUCUGCAGGGGUAAGUAUUAAUGGAUGGUUCUUUUGGUUUGGGUGUAUUUGUAUUUUAAGGGUAUUUUGCAUCUGCGCUGUCAGUGUGUGUGUGGGUUUCUUUGUAGCACACUCCCCUGGACUUCAGCGUGCAUUGCCCUGGAUUUUGCAGGGGUUACAUAGUGGCACAGUGUUGAACAUUGUUGUCUCUGUGGGGCGUCUCCCUGUGCAUGAGUGGAUUUCUCCCACAGUCCAAAGACAUGCUCACUGGGUGGAUUGAGGAUGCUUAAGCCCAUAUGUGUGAGUGUGUCCAAGGUUGAACUUCCUUCAGCCAAUGACAUCAGGGUACAGCCCCAUCAUGAGCUCUGGCAUGAUCAGCUGAGUAGAAGUUGGAUCAAAGUUAAAGCUGAGGCAUUUUUGUUUUAGUUGCAUCACCUGAACCAGUAAACAAAAGACAAACUCACUACCAUCUGAUGAGCCUGAUUCAAACUUCUGCAUUGACCCUACUCCAUUCACAGAUAUGGAGAGUUACAGAGUUACACACUAAUAUCCAAAAGUAGGUUUAUGUGUCCAAGAUCAGCAGCUCUUCUGCAUAAAACAGGUAGAAAACAGCAUCUCUGAACUUUUCUCCUCCUCAGGGUUAUAACUUGAUGCUGUUUGAUGGUCACAAAGUGUAAGAACAUAUUCUUUUAGUUGUAAUUUUACUAAAACUCCAAGCUGUUGAACAGUUAUGAGUUUAUUUGCUGCUCAGAGCUCUGUGUUUAAACUGAACACUUCUGCAAGUUGGUAUUUUGGAGCUCUUCUUACAGAGUGUUGCAGACCCAGCAGGUCCCAAUACUGUUACAGAGGUUCCAGCAGGUUUUCCAGUUCAAUGAGUCCCAAUCAUAGACUGUAUAUAAGAUGGACAACCUGGUUCCGCCUUCCGCCUGUAUACGGAUUUGAAGCCAAAAAGCUCUCGGUAAUUCCGGGUCUUUCACCACUUCCUUGAAACCAGAGCUGCGCAGUAGCGAUGCGCGCAUUCGGCCGCGCAGUCGCCGAGAGUCCCUGUGAUGACGCUCGGCUCAAACAGUGCAUCCCCCCGGGAGAGCUACGCAAUCCCUGAACGCCCAUAGGCUGUACCAGGUGUCAAUCAUAGUAAACAUGAACCCCCUAAUAACUUUUAAAAAUGGAGCUGUACAGAAAAAAAAGGACUUGGGCACAAACCAGUCUGACAGUAACUACAUGUCAAGCAGGGGGGAGAAAAAAUUAUGUUCGGUGUAAUAAAUUUCUAAAGUUUGUCCACAGCUCCAUAAGCUUUGCUGGCGGAGGCGGGAUUUAUGACCUGUACUGCAGCCCACCAUCAGAGGGUGCUGUUCUCAGAGUGGCUUCACCCAGCGAGGAGGCAGACUCUGUCCAUCUUAUAUACAGUCUAUGGUCCCGAUGAAUAGGAGCUUUUACAUCUCAACUCAACUCAACUUUAUUUGUAAAGCGCUUUAAAACAACCACCGCUGAACAAAGUGCUGUACAUAAAUAGACAAAACAACUAGACAUAAAAAAACAAUUAAAACAAUGGAUAAAAUAAAAGCAGAAUUAAAAAGUAAAAUAUAGUUUCAAUGUUUUUAAAAACUAAUUUAAAAACAUAGAAACAAAUAGCUAAAAACAAACCAUGAAACACUAAAACAGGAGCCGAGUCUCAUGCACGGUUAAAAGCCAAUGAAUAAAAAUGGGUUUUAAGAUGAGUUUUAAAAAUGGACAGUGUGGGGGCUUGUCUAAUUUGGAGGGGUAGCUCGUUUCAUAAUUUUGGGGCUGCAACCGAAAAAAAGAUCUAUCCCCUCUGAGUUUGGACCUCCUAACCUCCAGGAGCAGCUGAUCAGCUGACCUGAGGCACCGAGCAGGGGUAUAGGGGUGGAGAAGCUCAGAGAGGUAAGAUGGAGCCAGACCAUUUAAAGAUUUAAAAACAAAUGAAAGAAUCUUAAAAUGAACUCUAAAAUGCACAGGUAACCAGUGGAGGGAGGCCAGGAUGGGAGUAAUGUGCUCCCUCUAACGUACUCCAGUUAAGAGCCGGGCGACUGCAUUCUGUACUAACUAGAGACGUGAGAGGGAGAACUGGCUGACUCCAAAGUAGGCCUGGGCGAUUUGGCAAAGAAAAAUGAUCACAAUAUAUUUUGUCAUAUCGUCCAAUCUCGAUUAUUAUCACAAUUUUUUUUUUAAACUGCCAGUUUUAAAGCAUCUAAACUAAAAAAUAAUAAAACUAGAGAUUAGUUCAAUAUUUUAUUAACAAAGUAAAUAACAAAGCAAAUUGAAUAAGAUACACUUAGAAAAAUAUAAAAACAUUUUAACUCAACAGUACAACAAAUGUAGAUAAAUACUAAAUAAUACAGAGAAUUAGUUUACAGUCCUGAGUGUUUUUGCAGGUAUGCAAGACCCAAAAUAAACAAACCUCAGAGAUACUAAAGAUGCUUUCAAAUGUAAACAUUAGGUGAUGUAAACGUAGAUGAUACCCAUACCUGCCAACAUUUGGGUUAUAAAAUCCAGGAGUUGUUUGCAGCGCAUGAUAGAUAUGAGCUAAUUACAUAGAAUAGAAUAGAAUAGAAUAGAAUAGAAUAGAAUAGAAUAGUCCUUUAUUGAUCCCCCAUGGGGGAAAUUUUUUUGUCACAGCAGCAUCACAGACAAGCCAAAAAGUGCAAAAAUGCAGUUAUAACAAUAAGGGUCCUAAUAUUAAGAACUUAAAUAAAUGUAAUAAUUAAGAAAAAAAUUAGAAAAGGGAGAAGAAAAAAUAAAGCUUUCUACAAUAUACACAAUUUAAAUGCCAUAAAAAAAGUGGUGGUGUAAAAUCAGUUUUGUUACUGUUCAUUGUAAAGUCUUAUUGCAGAGGGGAGAAAUGAUCUGCGGUAGUGCUCCGUCCUGCAGGGUGGGAGUCUCAGUCUGCUGCUGAAGGAGCUGCCUAAAGCCCCCACAGUCUGGUGCAGUGGGUGAGAGGGAUUGUCCAUGAUGGAUACAAGCUUUGUUAACAUCCUCCUCUCACCCACCUCCUCCAGGGAGUCCAAAGAGCAGUCCAGGACAGAACCGGCCCUCCUGACCAGUCUAUUCAGUCUCUUCCUGUCCCUCUCGGUGCUCCCUGCCCCCCAGCAGACCACUGCAUAGAAAAGUGCAGAUGCUACCACAGAGUCAUAGAAAGUCCUGAGCAGAGUCCUGCACACUCCAAAGGACCUCAGUCUCCUCAGCAGGUGGAGACGACUUUGGCCCUUCUUGUACAGAACGUCUGUGUUUGUUGACCAGUCCAGUUUGUUGUUGAGGUGGACACCCAGGAAUCUGUAGGACUCCACCAUCUCGAUGUCCAGACCCUGUAUGUUCACUGGAACUGUUUGAGGUGUCCCCCUCCUGCGGAAAUCCACAACCAUCUCCUUUGUCUUACUGGCGUUGAGCUGGAGGUGGUUUGUGCCACACCAGUUGACAAAGUCAGUGAUGACAGUCCUGUAUACCCGCUCAUCCCCUGACGAUACACAUCCGACGAUGGCUGUGUCAUCAAAGAACUUCUGGAGGUGACAGCUCCCAGAGUUGUAGCUGAAGUCUGAGGUGUACAGGGUGAAGAGGAAGGGGGAGAGCACUGUCCCCUGUGGAGCCCCGUGCUGCAGACCACCAUGUCCGAUACACAGUUCUGAAGCCUCACAAACUGUGGUCUGUCGGUGAGGUAGUCCACGGUCCAUGCGGCUAGGUGACAGUCCACUCCCGCCCGCUCGAGCUUCCCCCUGAGCAGUGAAGGCUGGAUGGUGUUGAACGCACUGGAGAAGUCAAAAAACAUGACCCUCACAGUGCUGCCAGUGUUCUCCAGGUGAGCCAUGGACCUCUGCAGCAGGUAGAUGACUGCGUCAUCCACCCCGAUGUUUGGCUGGUACGCAAACUGCAGAGGAUCCAGAUGAGAGCUCACCAGGGGGCGGAGGUUCCUCAGCACGAUCCUCUCCAGAGUCUUCAUCAGGUGAGAAGUGAGGGCCACAGGUCUGAAGUGGUUGGGCUCCCUGGGGUGCGCUGUCUUGGGGACAGGAAUCACGCAGGAAGUCUUCCACAGUGUUGGGACCCUCUCCAGACUCAGGCUCAAGCUGAAGAUGUGCAGUAGCACCUCACAGAGCUGGUCUGCACAGUCUUUCAGGAGUCUGGGGCUGAUGCCAUCAGGACCCGUGGCUUUCCUUGGCUUCAUCUUCCUCAGCUCACUUCUCACCUGGUCAGCUGUUAUGGAGAGGCUGGGGGUGGUGCUGGAGGGGGUGGUGGAGGAUCAGUGGAGGGGGGUUGAUGGUGUCGGUGCCAUGGGACUGAGGUGGUGUGAAUAAGAAGAAGGAGCAGCAGACGGGUCGUUGGUUAGAUGAGUCGGGGGAGGAGUGGGAGCAGAGUCAAAUCUAUUAAAGAACAGAUUCAGCUCGUUGGCCCACUCCCUGUCUCCUGCUUCAGGUCCCCUCUCAUGGCCCCUGCUAUGACCUGAGAUGGAUUUCAGGCCUCUCUAGACCUCCCUUGCGUUGUUCUGUUGCAAAAGGUUUUCCAUCUUGGUCUUGUAGCUGGCCUUUCCCUCUCUGAUCUUCUUCUUCAACUCCUUCUGCACCCUCCUCAGCUCCUCCAUGUCCCCAGAUUUAAAGACCCUCCUCUUCUCCUUCAGGAGGACUUUCAGUUCCGGGGUCACCCAGGGUUUGCUGUUGGAGAAACACUGUACUUUCCUGGUGGGUACGGUGUUCUCAACACAGAAGUUAAUAUAGUCCGUGAUGCAGUCAGUCAUGGUGUCAAUGUCAUCACUAUGUGGGCCGCACAUUACAUCCCAGUCUGUGGUCUCAAAACAGUCCUGCAGCGCCUCAGUGGCCUCCUCUGACCACCUCUUAACAUACCUGAUGGUGGGGGGUUGUUUCUUCACCAUAGGUAUGUAAAUGGGCUGCAGUCUCACCAAGUUGUGAUCUGAGCAGCCCAGCGGGGGGAGGGGGGAGGAGGUGUAUGCAUCCUUGGUGUUUGCAUACAGUAAGUCCAAAGUUUUAUUGUCUCUUGUUGGGCAGUUUACAUACUGGCCGAAGGUAGGGAGGGUGGAGGACAGCGAUGCAUGAUUAAAGUCUCCAGAGAUGAUGAUCAGAGACUGAGGGUGUGAUGUCUGUAGCUUGGACACUUCAUUAUGGAGGAGUUCACAGGCUGCAGCAGCAUCAGCCGAGGGGGGGAUGUAAACAGUUAACGCGAUGACGUGCGAAAACUCCCUCGGCAGGUAAUAUAGCCGCAAACUCACAGCCAGCAGCUCAAUGUCCUUAAAGCAGAGCUGCUCUUUAACACUGACGUGCCCAGCAUUACACCAUCUCUCAUUCACAUACACCGCUAUCCCGCCUCCUUUCUUCUUACCACUCUCCCUCACGCUCCGGUCCGCUCUGACGAGGUGAAAUCCGUCCAAAGUUACGAGCGGGUCUGGAGUGAGUUCGUUCAGCCAUGACUCCGUGAACAUUAUGAGGCUACAUUCCCUAUACUCCCACUGCAGCCGAGUUAGCGCUGUGAGCUCUUCCAUCUUGUUGGGGAGAGACCUCACGUUUCCCAUGAUGAUGGACAGGACAGUUGGUUUGUAACGUCUCCGCUUUGCCCGAUGCUGAACUCCAGCCCUGCAUCCUCUCCUUCUCCUGCGGAGCUUAGCGGAGAUGUCCGGUCUCUCCCACGAAGGUGGCCGGGCUUGGCGCAGCUCCAACAGCUGUUCACGGCUGUAAACAAUGCGGCCGCUGAAUGGGUCGCCGGUCGCGGAAUUAAAAACUCAGAAAAAUAAAAGAAAACAAAGUGCUAGAGUCAUGAACUGCACAUCCAUGGCUGGAAUAUGCAGACACAACACUGCUGAAUGAAAAGAAAGAUAAAAAGGUGCAAAAAACAACAAUAAGAACGCAAAAACGUGAAGUCUGUGAGGAGCUGCUGUGACUUGCUGCCACUCUCAGGGCGCCCGAGUCACUGACACCACACAAUACGAGAGUAUUUGUAAUUAAAAUGCUCAUCCAAAUAAAUAUAAGUGAAGCUGCACACUUUGGUUUUGUUUUAACAAUAACAAAUGGUCAUAAAAAGAUAAAAGAUACGAUAUGCCUUGAACUUAUUUAGUCCACUAAUAAUAGUGUUAAAGUCCUCAUAUGUUUUACAUGCUCUGCCGUAUGAGGCUCUCUGAACAUCUGUGCAUGAAAUACAGCACUCUUUUAUCUGAGGCUGCCCUGAACGCAUCACUCUCGCAUCUCUCGCGUAUCUCGCGUUUGUUUUCCUUUCAUUGAAGUGUUCAUUUUGUAACAAACACUGCUUAAAUAUAGUUUACAGCUUAAAUCGAUCUGAAUCAUCCCAAACUGUAAAGUAAAAGUAUCAAUCAAGUGCCUGUGAGGCUCAGCAGAAACACAGGACUACCUUUAGUUGUCUGGAAACCUGGAAAGUUAAGACAAAUAUAGUGACGCGAUUCAUGAAUGAAUGCUGACCAUGCUACGAGAAAUUCCCGGGAGAAAUGACAAUACAGGGGGUUGGGCGGGAGAUAGGUCUGAAAUACGGGAAAGUCUCGGGAAAAACGGGAGUGUUGGUGGGUAUGGAUAUGAUUGAUUGCUGUUUUGGUCUGUGGCUGCACCGCUAGUUGUGUCUAAACUGCUAAUGCUACUCAUACCGUCAGCAGUGACAGGCUGUGCAGACUCCGCUCGCAUUUUCAUGCUUCCCGCAUAAUCACUCUGGAAGAACAGAUUUGUUAUGUUGCCAGUUUAUCGGCUUAAUUGCUCGACGUCACUUUGGAGAGACGUUGAAUAACUCCUCAAGUAUAACAUCUUCUGAGGAGGACUCAAAGUCACAGCUCUACUUUGCUGCCAUCAGCUCCGCAUUUAGCUCCAUGUUCGGUCAUUCUGUUUACUUCUCUGGUAACUUACAGAAGUGAGCAGGAAAAGCUUGACUCUGAUUGGCUGUUGUGACGCGCAUUUCCGCCACGUUUGAUCAGUAAAUAUGCUCACAGCUGAUCACUGUGAUAGAACUGAAAUUUAUUGCGAUCGUCGAUCACGAUCAUAUAAUCACCCAGUCCUACUCCAAAGUAAAGUGCGUUACAGUAAUCCAGCCGCGAUGUAACAAAGGCAUGGAUUACUGUUUCAAAGUGCUUACAUGCAAGGAAUGGCUUUGCCUUCGCCAGCUGCCUAAUAUGAUAAAAGCUAAAUUUCACUACAGAGCUAAUUUGCCUGUCGAAUUUAAAAUCACUCUCCAUCUUAAAACCCAAAUUUGAGAUGGUUGGCUUCAAAUAGUCUGCUAAAAUACCCAAGUCUACAGGAAGGGUUUCACAAGGGCCACUGGGACCAAAGACCAUCACUCCUGUUUUUCUCUCAUUGAAAUUUGAAAAAUUCAAAUCUAUCCAGGCUUUGAUGUCUUCAAGACAUGCCAGAAGUGGAGUGAGGGAGAAACCAUUUUUCUUAUUAAGUAGCACAUAUAUCUGACUGUCAUCAGCAUAAGAAUGAACAGAAAUGCCAUGCUUUCUUAAGAUGGAGCCCAGGGGCAGCAAAUACAAAGAAAAGAGCAGGGGCCCUAAAAUCGACCCUUGUGGAACCCCAUACGGCAGUGGAGCAGAGCUGGAUUCUGUAUCUCCAAGGCUCACACUCAUUGUUCUGUUGGCCAAAUAAGACCUGAACCACUCUAGUGCAGUACCACGGAUACCUAUAAGGUGGCGUAGCCGAGCCACCAGAAAGCUGCAGUUAGAUCUAACAGAACAAGAAUUACAUAAUCACCAGUCAUUUGCCAGGAGGAUGUCAUUAAAAACUCUUUAUAAAGCAGACUCUGUGCUGUGACGAGUUUUAAAACCAGACUGACCUCCAAGACACCAUGCUCAUCCAGAAAAGACUUUAGCUGAACAUGAACAACUUUCUCUAAAAUUUUUGAAAUAAAGGGAAGCUUGGAGAUGUGCCUAAAAUUGGCCAGCACACUGCAAUCAAGGCCUGUUUUUUUCGCAGAGGUAGGGACAGAGCUGUCACAGAAAUGCCCGGCAGUGGAGGGGUUAAGAAUCCGGCGUCUCUGCGCAGCGGCGCCAGAUUUAACCAGGUAAACCAUGACACAGUACGAGGAGGUCCAAUAAAUGUGCGUGCUCGUGUGUGGGACCCGACACACACACUGUGCCAAAUUAAAAGGGUCAGUAAGACAUACAAAGCUUUUCUGAACAACACAGGUGAAUAUUAAAAUCCCCAAGAAGAAGGACGCUGUAAUAGUUGGGCAUAAUUUCAGUCAGUAAACCAGAGAAGUCAUUCAAAAACUCCUUAUUGUAUUUGGGGAGAGCGGUAAAUGACAGCACACAGCACCGGGUCAGACCUAUCCACCUCAAAUAAAGUCACCUCAAAGCUGGAAAAAGAGGAUGAAACAGUGCGCUGCUUGUAUUUAAAGCCAUUCUUAUAAACCGUUGCUGUCCCUCCACCACGACCCGACGUCCACGGGGAGUUAAAGUAAGAGCAGUCGGGAGGUAAAAGUUCGGCCAGAGCGCUGGACUCACCCGCACCGAUCCAAGUCUCUGUCACACGGAGGAAAUCCAGGGCACGGGAGCUGAAGAAAUCCCUCAGGAUCAAAGUUUUAUUCACCAGGGAUCUGGCGUUUACCAGGCAGAUCCUGGCGGGGGCUGGGGCCUGCGGUCCGGUGGAUCGGAGAGCCGGGCGCAGCGACCUGAGGAGCCGAUGGUCAACCCCGCGCUGUGACAGCCGAAGUGGGCAGAGGCGGCGGGGUUCGGGUCCCUCUGCUGAGCCGGUGACAGGUAGCUACCAGACAGACGCCAAUCGGGUCCAGAAAACAACGAGGCACAAAGAAAUGAGGGAAUAAUCCAUGUCCUGUACGGAAAAUGGACGAAGAUCGUGACAGCCACAGCUUUAGCUCAGCUUUAGCUUUACCAGCCGACCGCCGCGGACGCCUCCGGCGAGAAGGCAGGGCCGGCACAGGUGAGGUGGAAUCCCGGCCAACAGCGGGGGCAAACUAUCUUUGCCACCCCGAUCAAAACCACCCAAAUCUCUGACUUUUUGUUGGAGGGAUAGGAGACUGGUGAUCAUACACCAACAGACUCGAUUGGUUUAGUGCCAAUGGUUAAAAAACAACAGAAAAAAAACAAACAUUUCAGGAGUAGCAGACCGCCAGCCACACACACAGGCGCCAUCUUGCUACAUCUGACGUUGAAAGGUCUGCAGUCAGUGCUGCUGCUGCUGCUACUGCUGCUGACGACGACGAUGAUGAUGAUGUGAAUGAAGAGGAUGAAGAUGAGAUGGAGUUAUCUGCUGGGCGUCUAGCUGACAUGGAUACGGGCAGAGAUAAACUGCAGCUUGAUGCAGUCGAGAGCAGCAGCUGCAGUUUGCUGAGAUGUUGUGAUUGGUAACAAAGAGCAGCUGUGACCAUGAAAUCAGGACUUAGUGUAAUUAGCCACUUUGAAGCAGAGAUUUAAUACCCAAAUCUUUGGAGCAAAAUACUGGGGGAUCUGGUGCUACUUAAUGAUAAUCUGAUCUCUGAGCCUUUCGUCUCUCCUAUUUUCCUUCUUAACAGCCGUGCCAGUUUGUGGCAGAGAGUCCAGACCUGGCUUCCAUUUGGAGCGUCUGUUCCCGAGCCAGAGAGAAAUACCACGAAGCAAUACCCUCAAUUCCUAUUUGCAGGAGGGAGCCCAAUGUGACACAUGCUGGAUCUGAAAGAAAAAUAAGGAGCCUAAGUAUAAUAUUACAGUGUUAUUAGGCGGCUGUAAAUACCUCUGAACUGGCCCCAUACAGAUUUAACAUUCAGUUGAUUUUCAGAGGAGGAUUUGCACCAGACCUUUGACAGCUGUUGUGGAAAUUUUUAAGAAAAUUCAGGAUGGCAGCAUGUUUUAAGAGUUCUUCAGACUAAAAUAUCUCAAGUGUUUCAAUAUGUCCAUGUUGGAGCAGUUUGUAACAGAGUUCUGCUCCAACAUAUUUAACAGAAGGAUUGUAGCUGAUCUGAAGUGGGUCAGUGAUGGUAAUGAUCUCUGCAAAUGCCUGCUCGCGAUAUUUAAAACUGUCCAUGCCAUCGGCAUACGUCUUAACUCUUGGUGUAAACAAAUAAAAAGCUGCUGAAGGUCCUGAUGUUCUCCAGAGCGCUCACAGAGACUAUUCUAAAGAACAUGGAUCACCCACUUCACAACACUUUGAUGGACCAAAGGGCCAAUGGUGGUGGAUGGCUCCUCUCUCUUCACUGCAGGACAGAAAGAUUCAGAAGACCUUUUGUACCAACAGCCAUGAGGCUUUAUAACUCUUGUGUAAAUAGUAGAUAACUUUUAGAGACAUAUGCUGUGAGACCACAGACAAUUGAAUUUCCCUUCAGGGAUUAAUGAAGUUCUUCUUGUCUUAUCUUCUUUAGUGAUGUCUUUCAGGACUCUUCUAUCAGAGCAGCUCGUAGCUUCAAGUUUGACAGUAAACACAAAAUAACUGCAGAAGACUACAAAAAUUUCCCUAAAAAUGACAAAAGCUAAAAUUCCAACCCAAGGAAACUAUCAUGAGGCUAAGACUCCUGACUCAGUUUGGGACACCAUGUAUUAAAUAAACGAAACUUACAUUCACAGCACAUUUUUCAUCUAAAAUAGAAGAGAGACAAUAUUUCAAAUUAUGAAACUAAAUUCUGUUUCAUUAAAAACCUACCUGCUUAGUUUAAAGGUGUGGUAGAUGAUUAGAGAGAUUGGUAAUUAUUAUAAACCUCAUUUAUAUGGGGAUCAUGGUCCUGUAGUGCGAUGACCACAAAGUGAAGAGAAAAAAGAAUGGAAAAAAUCUGUUUACCCUAGCAGGUGCAGGGCUGCAAAAUUAUUGACCAAUGGGAGCCAUCCAUCCCGGACAGCUCCUAUUGAUAAAUCUCCUGCUCUGCCUCUCCAUCCAAUCACCUUGCUGAAUUCGACACACCCCUCUCCCGUAGUUCCGAUUUGUCCCCUCCCACUCUCCCGGCCCUCCUUAGAGCUCUAAACAGCUAAAAGUAGUGUAGCAGCAUAGCUUCAGGAACUGUGAUGGAGAAUGAUGAAAAAAAAACACCUCUGCUUGCCCCACUGCCAAAAGUGGGAAGAAACCGCAAGCCGACAGAAGAAAGGGCAGAGACGAUGAGGAAAUGUGACUAAGCGAGGACUGCCACUAGUCAGUAGCAAUCCAACAUGGUGAAUCCUAUUUGAAGCUAGCAUAGGAUCUUCUGCUGACUGGCUUUUUGCUCCACCAGAGGGAUGUGUCAUGGGGAGGGUGAUACAGGUUCAGGGGGGGGGGUUAUUGUGGAGCACAGAGGGGAGAGGUUUGUGCGUGGGAGGUGGUUAUUUCAAAUCUGCCUCAACGGCUCAGUUUUUUUCAAAACUGCUUCUGCUUCUCAGAUUGUCAACCAUGCCUUUAUAUGUAACUUUUGUAAAAAGUAGUUCCAGGUUUAUGUUUUUCAUCAUGUGUUGUCAACUCCUCUUUCACCAACCCUCUGUAGACCUGAGGGAACCCAGCAGACCAGCUUCUGAACUCUGGCAGUCAAAUGUUGUCCCAAUCUGGCUUGAUAGAGGAUUUCAGCUGCUCAACAGUUCAGGGUCUCCUUUUUCCUGUUUUUGGAGUCGUGAUGCUCCAAAUGUUUGACCAGUUUCUCAACCGGACUCUUCUCCUACAGAGCCAUACUGUUGUAAUCCCUGUUGUCAAAAUGUGGUUUGCCAUGGUCUUGCUGAAAUAUGAAGGUCUUCCCUUAAACAGUCUUUGUCUGGAUGGCAGCAGAUGUUGCUCCUACACCUGUAGAUAUUGUUCAACAUUAAUGGAGCCUUCACAGAUGUAGAAAAUACCCAUGACAUGGACUCUGAUGAUCCCCAUACCAUCAGGGAUGCUGGCUCUAGGCUGGGAGAUGAGAACAAGCCCGGUGGUCCCUCUACUCUUUGGAGAGGAGGAUGCAGCGUCCAGGAUUUCCAAAAAGACUGUUAGAUAAUAAAUUUGUCAUAUAUAGAUGAUGAAAUCCACUCAUUGUUUCACAUUUGACACUCAGGAACAUUAUUCUGAAACUGUUGGACUAUUGGCUCGCACAGUCUCUCACAGAGUGGUGAACCUCUUCCAUCUUUCUUUCUGACAGACUCAGCCUCUCUGAAUGUCCUUUUUAUACCCAGUCAUGUUUGUAACCUGUUGGAAGUUCACCUCAUUAGUUGGAGAUGUUCCCUCAGUGGUUUUUUCUAGCAUUACACAACUUUUGACCUGUUGGUUGUUCCUCUGUAACAAUAUUUAGAAACAUGUCAAUGUUGUGUGGAUGUGCUCUAUAUGUUCCGUGUUUUUUGCCUUUCUGCAACAUGAAUUUCCCUUUGGGGACAAUAAAGCUGAAAGUUAAAAGUUCACAUGUUGGUGACAUUAAAUUUAAUUUAA